AUGAAGAUCGUGCCGGGUAAGCCGUGGGUCUCGGACGGCCGAGCGGGGAGGCACUGGCGCCGGCCGGGCGAGUUCCUGGCAGUUAUAAAAAGCUUGGCCGCUGCCGGCCGUGAUUGAUGGAGGGGGGGAGGGGGUAUUUGCUCUGCCCACCCGGGGCAGCGCCGCGCUCGCCCUCCCGCUUGGCUCCGGGGAAUGCGGAGCGCACUUGGCAGGUUGGGCAUCAGGCCUGGCGCGAGCGAGACCCGCGAUUCUCCUUCCUUGCCUCCCUCGGUCGUGUGGCUGCGUUGCCUAAUGGUUGGAUCGAAGGGGCAGAGCUAAGGGGAGGGGGAGGGCGUGCCAAGGCGCUGGGCUCUGCCCUGGCGAGGGCGAAGGGAGUGGUCAAGGCGCGCGGGUAACCUUGAGCGCUGCCUGCGCAGGGACAGCGGCGGGGCCGGCUCGCGCCGUCGAGGCUGCGCCGGGCUAGGCCGGGCUCCGGCGGCUCCGCAGUGCGGGCGGCGGGCCGAGGGGGCGGGCCUGCGGGCUGCCCCGGGGGAGGAGGAGGAGGAGGAUCCUGCGCUGGCGGCUCGGGCGGGGCGGCCGCUCGCUCAGCGCCAGGGACUCGGCGUAGCGGCUGCUGCUGCCGUCGGAGCACCUCCGUGCCCUGCUCGGCGUCGCCCGCGGCCUCCGCCAUGGAUCCCGGCGGCGGCAACCUCUUUCCGUCGCUGGUGGUGGCCGGCCACGCGCUCACGCUGGCCCUCGUCUGGUACCGGCGCCGCGCGGGGAGCCCCGGCGAGGACGGUGAGUGGCGAGAGGGUGCGCGGGCGGCGCUGGGGCCCCGAGGACAGGCAGGCGGGCGCGCGCCGAGGGGCGGGGCGAGGCGACCGAGCUCCCCCCUCCCCCCCGGCAACCAAACACUGACACGUGGGCGCGCGCCCAUUAACCCCUGCGUGGCUGGAAGGCGCGCCCGCGUGCCGAGAAGCCGGCCUUUGCAGGAGAGCCGCUCCGUCGGUUGUCAGUCGGCGGCGUCUUGUGCAACGAAGGGAUGAUAAUUCGGUCGGUAGAGUGGGGGACUCUGGACCGCAGAGUUGUGGGUCGGAGCCCCAAGCUGGACAAAAGAUUCCUGCAUUGCAGGGGGUCGAACUAGGUGACCCUCGUGGUCUCCAAUUCCGUGGACCCCUGCUUGGCGGCUUUUGGGCGCCGCCUUCAGGUCGAAAGCUCUUUGGGUCCCUUCGCUGCCUUCAGUGCCGCUGGCUGAGCUUGGUCGGGGGCCGCGCUCAAGGCGACCUACCUUACAAGGCUGUUGUGAUGAGGGGGGGAGCAGGGGCGCCUCCUGCUGCUGACCUGAUGCAGCGCAGCCCGCCUGGCUAGGAAGCCCAUUCCUCCGCUUCCACUGGCUCUCCAGGGAGAUGGGAGUCUCACAGAGUCUUCCUCCUCAGCGAGAGUAGCUGGGGUGAGACGCUACACUCGCCUCCUUCUGGGGCUCCACCAACUGGCCUCUCAAACUGCCCCACUGGAUGCCACCCAAGUCGGAGUGGCUUUUCUCCGUGACUCCAAGCUGGAGCAUCUUCUAGAUAGUAGCAGAAUGAGGUCUGCGGAAUUAGUUCCCUUCUGAGACCCGUGACGUCAAGCUGUGUACUGCACUGGACUCUGGAAUUACCUCUGCCAAGGCAAUACCCCCCCCCCUGAAUGCAGGCACAGCACUGGGCCAGCUGCUUGUGGGGCUGGAGAGGAUCUCUCUUGGGGAGUUGCUGCUCUCUGGGUGGCAAGGCUGUCUCCACUGCCCUUGGGGGUCUGCCAGAACCCACAAGGAAUGACUGGUGGGGGGCCUUCAUUGCAUGUUUCAGCAGCAGCAGCUGCCCACUUGGGUGGGGGCAAGAGGAGUGGGACAAAGGGCAGGUUUAGUUGUAGGUAUGGGAGGGGGAGAAUGAGCAGGUGUCCCCCCAGGAAGGAGGGUGGCAGCUGUCGCUGCUGCUGCUGCUUCUCUGGCUUUUAAAUGGGAGCAGCAAAGCUUUGCCUAAAGAUCAGUAGGAUUGAAUUUCUGGUGGAAGCGCAGGAAAGGAGGAGGUUAAUUUCUGGAUAGUGAAAGUGAUGUUCCUGCUUGAUGACGUGAUUGCCUCCCCUGGAAUAUUUUCCAGUGCCACUUCUGAUGCCAUCUGACCAUCUCUGGAGAGGACACUUCCUUCCUUGGGGGGGGGGGCAUUGGGGAGGCAGAAUCUGUUUUGGCCAAACAUUCCUGUUUUAGUCUUCUGUUUGGGAUGCUGCCUGGUCUUCUGCAAGGGGGUCAGUGUCUGUCUGUCAGACCCCCAGAUCUCACUUCUGGGGCCACCCUAGGAUGCCGCCCUCACCCUCACAUGUGCCAGUGACCUUUCAGUUGAAGGAAUGUGGCAUUUGGCAGUUCUGUGUCGAUCCCACACAAGUGUGUGGGGCACCGGGCACCAGAGCUCUUUGUUGGGGGAGCAGGAGAGUGCAUUUAAAUGGCACAGUUUGUUCUGGUAGCGAAAGCACUUUGGGGAGGGGUGAUUUUCAGUGGGAAAUUGGGGAGGGGGAGGAUGAGGGAGAGUUUAACCCUCUCCUGCCAGCUGCUCAGGGCUCCACAUGCGUAAUGUCUUUUUUUUGGCCUUUAGCAAACCCUGUGGGAUGGUGGCAGCAGCAGCAGCAGCGCCGCCUUGUUCAUUCUGUUCUAGCAGGCACAGCACAUCUUUCCCUUGAGGGUCCCAGGGAACAGAGGACUGGCAAGGGAAGUGGCACCAUGGCUCACAUAAAAGCAUGCCAGCCCCACCCCUCUGCCACACGCUCCUUGGGGCACCAGCAGCCUUCUCCUUUUGAUGCCAGCUGGGCAUGGUCACCUCUUAGCAGCACCUGUGCCUCAGCUUGGGUGGGGCUGUGCCAGACAGCGCAGGUGGCAGCCUCUGAGCAUGUUUUCAAAAGGGUGGGGAGGAGCCAGGCUGCUUCUCUGGCUGCGCUUUGGGGCAGGAGGGGGAAGGACUGUGCUCCUGGCUUCCUCCUCUGUUGUCCUGCAGGGUCUCUGGGGCAAAGGUGUCUGUACUUGCUGUGCUUUCUCCCCACCCCCCCCAGCUAAAGGCUGGAGUUGCAUAGCAGUGUCACCACUGGGUGCUCUCUCUCCCCCCCCAUCCUUCUCACGGGGAUCAUGUGCCAGCCAGCCUUUUGAGCUGGCAUCCUUGUUGGGCUCUGUUCCCCCUGCCAGCUGCUGCUGCCCCCAGCUGUUUCCCAGAGUGGGGGAGCCUGGAGAGAGCCCCCCCCGCCUUCCCUGCUUCUCUUGGGCCCAGCCCAGCCCGCCAUGCUGCCCAGUCAUGCUGCAUUCAGCUCCGAUUUCACAGCUGCCCUCCCCCUCCCAUAGGCCCAGUUCUGUGGGGCCGUUUGGCAAGCAGUGCUGUGCCCAGCCAAAUGCAGAAGCAGGAGUCUAGGACUCAGUCUGUGACUUUCUCUGAGUACGUGCAGAGUGCAUCUUCCCUUGGUGCUGCAGAACCAAAGCCCACCCUUAAGCUUGGGCUUCGGGUGCCACAGGGUUUUCAGCUCAGGAAAAUUGUGUCGUCUUCAUGGUGGUUCUAUUCCUGCUUUUAAAGGUUUUUUUGUGUGGUUUCUGUACAAUGCGCUGCUGUUUUGCAAGAGGCUGCUAUACUUUAAUAAACAAACAAAUACUGCAUGCGGGAGACCCGCUUCUGUGUCUUAACAUCUGCAAAUCCCAUGUCUUGCACAGGCCUUGGUGCCCCACCCAUGGGUGACAUCCUCUGACUUUCGUGACACAAAUGAGGAGGUUCCUAUGGCUGCCCACAACUCCUGUUUCCCCCUCUGCCCCUUCUGUCAGAAGCUGAGCGGUGGUUUUCUCGGAAUCUCUGCCACUCUGCCACUCAUUCCGGGCACCAGUGUGGGUGGGGCCUUCCCUCCAUUGCCAUGGCAGCCUCCUCCCCAAAAAACACACAUCAAGUGAUCAGGAAACCGCAGUCUGGUAGUGCACAGUGAAACUGGAGCUUCCUGGCUUUGAAACUGCCGGUGGCGGUUGGGGGGCCAGGUGGGAGGGAGGCUGGCAGGGUGGGGAACCAGAUGAAGGUUUCAUUUUUGGAAUAAUAAUUUUUCAGAGUAGUUUUUACAGUUAUAUCAAAAAAUUCUGAUUUGGUUAUACUAUUAGAAAUACAUUGACUGAUAAUUAUGAAACUAUUGUGAGGUUUAAUAAGUUAAAUGUUUAUAUUUGGACAACUUUUCUGCUAUACUUUAUUGGAAGGAGAAAAACAAUCAUUUCCUUAAUAACCAUUUAUUUAAACCAUUUAUUUAGCUAAAACAAUAACAUUGUAGCAUAUGUAUCCAUGUUUGUUAACUGAUGUGGUUAAACAAUUAAAAAAAAAAACUUAGACUGAGUUUUAGCACACAUGAAAAACUUAAAGCAAAUCCUUAUUUCCUGAUGAAUAACCUUUGGACUGUAAUGUAACUUAAAUAGAAAACUAUCUUUAGAAAGAUUCCCACCCCCCCCCCAGCAUUUUAUUUUAAAAAUCCAAUUUAAAUACAAAAAACCAAUUUAAAUUAAUUUUUUUUUUUAAAAAAACACCAUUGAUUUUUAUCCACCCUGGUGGGGAGGCACAACAUUCUGUGAUUUGGAUGGGGGCAGAAUGGCAGGGCUAGGCUUCUCUUUAUAUAUGUACUAUUUUGCUGCAUCACUUGUGCUGGUUCAGUGCUCAAGGAAACAGUCCCUGGCCUGGCAGAUGAGCUAAGCUCCUGAAUUAGGCAAAAAGCCCACUCAGCAUCCUGUUCAUCCAGUCAAAUGCCCAAAUGGCCCUGUAGACCUGAAGGAGCAUCUCCACCCCCAUCGUCCAGCCCGGACAUGGAGGUCCAGCUCCUUCCCUCACUGCGAGAAGCCAAGUUACAGGGAACCAGGCAGAGGCCUUCUCGGUAGUGGAGCCCACCCUGUGGAACACCCUCCUAUCAGAUGUCAAGAAAAUAAACAACUACCUGACUUUUAGAAGACAUCUGAAGGCAGCCCUGUAUAGGGAAGCCUUUUAACAUUUUAUUAUGUUUUUAUGUGUGUUGGAAACUGCCCAGUGUGGUUGGGGCAACCUAGUCAAGAUGGGUGGGGUACUAUUGCUACUAUUACUAGGAGAGCAGGUGGUGCUGUGGUCUAAACUACUGAGCCUCUUGGACUUGUGGUUCGAAUCCCCGCGAUGGGGUGAGCUCCCGUUGCUCAGUCCCAGCUCCUGCCAGCCUAGCAGUUCGAAAGCACGCCAAACAGUGCAAGUAGAUAAACAGGUACUGCUGUGACAGGAAGGUAAAUGGCACUUCCGUGCGCUCUGGUUUCCAUCACGCUGUCCCGUUGUGCCAGAAGCAGUUUAGUCCUGCUGGCCACAUGACCUGGAAAGCUGUCUGUGCGCAAAUGCUGGCUCCCUCAGCCUGAAAGCGAGAUGAGUGCCACAACCCCAGAGUCGCCUUUGACUGGCCUUAACUGUCCAGGGGUCCUUUACCUUUACUACUGGUACUACUAGUAAUAAUAAACCCACCAGCAGGAUGUGGGGGCAGCAGCAGCAGCCACCCCCUCUCUCCUGAUUCCUGGCAGCAGCUCUCCGAUAGUGGAGGGAGAGCGUAGUCACUGCGGCCAGGAACCAUGGCUAGCCUUUUCCUGCAUGAACUUGCCCAGUCCUCUUUUAAAGCCAUCUCAGUUGGUGACCCUUGCGGCCUUCUUCCCUUGUCCUUCCUUUGGCGCCGCCCUGAACCUGCCAACAUUAAGCUUCCCUGGAAGUCCACACAUCCUGGUGCUGUGAGAGAUAAUAAUAAUAAUAAUAAUAAUAAUAAUAAAUUUAUUAUUUAUACCCCACCCAUCUGGCUGGGCUUCCCCAGCCACUCUGGGUGGCUUCUGAAAAAAUAUUAAAAUACAGUAAUGCAUCAAACAUUAACAGCUUUUCUAAACAGGGCUGCCUUCAGAUGUCUUCUAAAAUUCUGGUAGUUGUUUAUAUCUUUGACAUCUGGUGGGAGGGCGUUCCACAGGGCAGGUGCCACUACCAAGAAGGCCCUCUGCCUGGUUCCCUGUAACUUGGCUUCCCGCAGUGAGGGAACCGCCAGAAGGCCCUUGGAGCUGGACCUCAGUGUCUGGGCUGAACGAUGGGGGUGGAGACGCUCCUUCAGAUAUACUGGACCGAAGGGAAAAACCCAUCUCCAUCCACUCUCUCCACUUUGUGCAUAAUUUUAUAGAGUUCUACCUCUUACUUGCCUUCUCUCUAGAAUUCGAAGCCCGAAUUGUAGCCUUCCUGCCCAUGGAAGCUGCUGUGCCAGUGGGGAGUGGGGUGCUGUCAGGCUCCCCCAAAAUGGGGGACCCCGAUGCCUCCUGCUUCCUGCUGUCUCUCUGGACCACGGCGGCUCCUGCGCUUGUCUAACCUUUUGCCUUUGACCUCCAGGGCAAUGGCUCACAGAGUCCUCUCUGCCCAGGCCUCCUCGUGGGUGAGCUGGAGCCUUUCCUUGCCCCAGGACUGUAAGUUCUUGCAAGCGACAGCCCUGAUUGGAGGGGGGGGUCGCCUGGGCUCCAACACCCCCUGCAAGCUUUGCCCCUCCAGUGAAUCAACACCCGUGGUUGCUAAUGUUAAAUACUACAUACUAAAGUGUGUGUUUUGUGUUGUUGUUGUUCCAUGGACUUAAAUACGUGGUGGCAUCUACUCACAGCACUUGAGGGGUUUGUGUCUCCGUGUGUGCAGAGGGAGAGAGUGUUUGGGGCCCCUCUGUGUUUCUGCUUCAGCCCCCUGAUCAUUUUGGCAGAUCAGGAGCAUAGCUGUCAGCUUUUUCCCUUUUCUUGCGAGGAAUCCUAUUCGGAAUAAGGGAAUUUCCCUUUAAAAAAGGGAAAAGUUGACAGCUAUGCUCCUGAUCUGCCGAAAUGACAGCUGACAGAGCAGGGGAGGGAAUGGGGUUUUUUGGCAGGUGGAGGGCAAAGGACAGCUUGGGCAAUGAAGCAGGCAGGCCUGGGGAGGGGUGAAUGUGUGUGGGGCCUCUGGGUUCCUGACCACUGCUGCCCCAAAGCUCAGCCUGCAGGCGUUCUGUGCUGAAUGUUCUACACAGUGCAGAAUUGACAUGGACUCUGACCAGUGUUGAUGGAGGGUUUUUUGGGGGGUGGAAUAGGAAGGCGGAGGUAGAGGGACUUCCAGCUCCUCCUGCUGCUGUCAGGUGGGGGUGCAGCUGAGCCAUCUGACAGAGAUUCUCCUCUCUGGCUGCUCCCUGCUGAUUCUGCUAAUCCCUGUUGGGCUGCAGCCUGUUUCUGGGCAGAAAACUUCCGCUUUUUGCUGUUUGCCACCUGCCUGCCUGCCUGCCUCCCUAUGUGGCUGUCCUUGGCCCCUUGCCAGGCCUGCUCGAGGGGGGGGGGCUGCCGCUGCCCUCCCCCCACCCCGUCAAGGUCGCACCUGCCAGGACGCAUCAGCUUCCAGGGUGUGUCCAGAUUCUUGACUGCCGUGGAGGUCACCUCUGGACUCCGGACAGGGCUGCUGGCUUUCCAGGGGGUGCCUGGCCCCUGUGCCGGUGGGGGCCCUGUGGGGCAAGGCAAUCGGGGAGGGGCUGCCCCACCCAGUUCUGGCUUGGGUCUAUUUUUAGAUGGUGCAGCUUCUGUCAGCAAGCUGGUGAGCGCCGAGGGAGGCUGUUUAUCCUGGAAACCAAAUAAGAGGCCUGGUUACUGUGGCUGCUGCUAAUGGGCCUGUUUCUCCCUCACCAGACCAGACUGUUGUGGGGAAGAGGCAGGCGGGGGGGGGGGGGGAGGGACUGGCCUCAGGCCAGGCAGUGGGAGCUCUUCACAGCCUCCGGGAUUCCACUCUCCCUCUGGACAUACCUGGGGACUUGUGGGCCUUCAGUGAAGCUGCUGUGGGGAGUAUCAAUGAAGAGUUAAAGUGUGGCAUUUGCUCCCCCAGGAGGCAGGGAUGGCCCCCACUGGGAUGGCCUUAAGAGAGGAUGAGACCAGUACCUAGAGAGGGCUGUGAGGGCUAUUUGCCCUGAUGGCUCCUCUCUGCCCUGGGACCCAUGGAGGGGAUUCCUGCUUGCUGCUUUCCCCACAGGCAACUGGUAAAGGUAAAGGGACCCCUGACCAUUAAGACCUGCCAAAGGCCCUUCUAGUCCAGCACCCCCUUCUCCCAGGGGCUGGGGCUGAGUGGGGCCCAUAUUCUGAUAUUCGUUGGUCCUGAGGCUGGUGCUUUGCUCCCUUGUGCUCUCUGACCCCAUGGGGGGGCCCCCACUUUUCUCUAGGCUGGUGACGUGGGAUUAUUAAUAAUAUUUAUUAGUGGAGUUCUCCUGCCAAGGUGAACUCAAAGUGACUUACAGAAAACAAACAUUUAAAAACGUAAUAAGUGGACAUAUGCCUGUUGAAUUUUAGACUAUUUAUUUUGUUUGUUUAUGUUAAAGAAAACUCAAUAAAAAGCAUAUGGGGGAAAAAAAGAAAACAAACAAACAAACAAAAAAACGAGAAUAAAAACAAGGGCACAAACAACCUAGACCAGGCCUCAGGAAACUUUCUGAGCUGGGGACCGGUCCACUGUCCCUCAGACCUUGUGGGGGGCCAGACUAUAUUUUGAAAAAAAAAAUAUGAACCAAUUCCUAUGCCCCACAAAUAACCCAGAGAUGCAUUUUAAAUAAAAGGACACAUUCUACUCAUGUAGAAACACGCUGAUUCCCAGACCCUCCGCCGGCUGGAUUUGGAAGGUGAUUGGGCCGGAUCCGGCCCCCGGGCCUUAGUUUGCCUACCCAUGAUAGACGCUGGCAGAUGAUAUGAGUAAAAGGCAGGUGGGAUAGUGGGGCGUCCUGGCUGGAGGGGUUGUGGAGCCCCCUAGCGGCCAGCUAGGGGAUAAUGAUGAGCCCCUCCGCUUGUGGGUCUCUCACCCGGAGAGCCCCUCUUUCCUAUGGGGUGGGAGCAGAGUGGGCAGCCGCGCCCCCUGUGCUGGUGCUGCUGUGGGGGCUCUUCCCACGUUCUUCGUGCUAGGAGGGGUUCCCGCUUUUCCUCCGCAGUUUCAGGAGCAGCACCCAUCUCCUCCCCCCAACUUCCACGCCCCCCAGGUCUUUCUCUCUCUUUGAGGGGGGUGCUUUUGUUGGGGGGCGGGCGAAGGAAGUCAGACCUCAAGGCUGGGAGGGACAGUCGGUGCCGCGUCGCGACAAUGAGCCGUGUUGGUGAGUGUGCAGCAUAAAGGGCACCUCUGAGCAUGUGCAGAGCGCGGGCGUUGGCGGGGCGGUGUGUGGCGCUGCUUUGGUGAGCGGGAAAGGCCGCCUGCGUGCUCUGCCUGUCCCGGACGCAGCACACCCCCCCCCAAGUCCUUAUUCACUUUUUCCAUCUUCCCGCCCUGCUGUGCCAGAAAAGGGGCUGCGGGCGGAUGCUGUUCUGGUGCAGGAAUCUGGUUCUGAUUAUGCCCAGUGACUCAAUUGUCCCUCUGCUCCGUGGGGAGGGAAGGGGUGGGCAGCGGGAUCCUGCUGCUGCCCCCUGCCCCGCCCAGACCCUGGGAACGAAGCUGGCCCUGAGAAUUUCCCAGCGUGACUCAGGGGCCAGGGAGCCCCCUGGGGGCCGGAUGCCUGCAGGGAAAAAAGCACCCCUCUCUCCCCCCCCCCCCCCGCUGCGCUUAUCGCGCCCUUUGGCAGCCGCGCGCGGCCUUAUCUGUCCCGCGCAGACGCGCACGUGGGAGCCGGGGGUCACGCGGGGGGAGCGAGGCCAGAUAGCCAGGCUGGCAGGCCUUUCCCUGCGCAGGGAGGCCCACGGGGGAGUCGGGGCAGGGCCCCCCACCGUGUCCCGGGGGCUCCCCUCGUGCGCAGGAGCGAGAUCCCACGGGGGGCGCCAGAGGUUGCCCAGCCCGGUGCCCCCUGCCCGGCUUCGGAGAGCUGGAGAAGGAGCCGAGGCAUCUGGACGGGACUUUGGUGCGGCUGGCUGACUGCGCAGCGAGGGAGGGAGGCGAGGGCGUCGCCGGCUCCCUCGCCAGGCGCCCGGCCAAGGCGCUGGUGACGAGAGGGCGACGUGCGGAGUCCCCGCGCGGCUCCAGCGGGGCUUCCCUCGCUCGCGCCCUCGGGACCGGCUGGCUCGAGUCCCGCAGCGCCCAGCGGGCCGGAGCUGCCUCUGCCGGGGGCUUCUCGCCGCGCCCCUGAGGGUGGCUCCGGUGGCGCUUGUCGCUCGUCUGCAUCCUCCGAGGGCCGGGGAGGCGGCCCGCUCCCCUCUCGGAGGCCACUCCUGGCUUAGUGCCCGCCUGGCAUUUCCCGCCAGUCUGCGGAAGGCGGCUGGUUAAUGAUUAUUUCUUUGUCGUUCGUUUCGUUUCUAUGUCGCUUUGUGUUUUCAAAUCGGCGGCAAACCUCAAAGCGGUUUACAAGCUGCGCGGAAACAUCGAACAAAACCAGAAGGAAAAUAAAUAGACUGUAUCCCUGCAGAGCAACACAAUUAACAGGAAACUAAGACAUUAUUUUAAUAAUUUCGCAACAAGACCCUAUAGAGGAAGAUAAAGUGUCGAACACACAUUUAAUGCUGCAAAGUUAAGAGCUAAAAAUUCUUUGAACGGGACGGGCUUGGGAUGGUACAGUCAGUAGGGUCGUGGCUUCGAGCCCCACUUUGGGCAAAAACGUUUCCUGCCUUGCGAGGGGUUGGACUAGAUGACCCCCGUGGUUCUUUCCAACUCUGCGAUUCUGUGACGAUGAUUACUAGAGGAAGUCAGGUAUCAAAUGCACACUGAAAGCAGCACUGGAACAGGCGCGCCCUUUCCCAGAGCCUGUGGUGUUAGUUUUGCGCAUCCCGCGGCACUGGUGGCCAGAGCGCGCGCCUGCCGUGUGCGCCUGGGGGCGUUUUUCUGCGUUCGCAAUGGCCUAGAUGGCGGUUAGGGUUAGACUAGACGGCCUCUGGGCUCCCCUUUCCCAUUCCCACCCAGGCCUGGCCCGUCGGCGGUGCGCAUCUCUGGCAGCAGCCGGGCCUGGUGGCGAGGGGCGGGAGCGGGGCGGGGCGCUUCCUGCUAGCGGAGCCGUCGAGCCGGCCGGGCGGGAGGGAGCCAGAGCGCGUCGCCAUGGCUUCCCGUAGCAGCAGCAGCAGCGCCCUCGGCGGGAGCGCGGAGCCGUCGGUGAGCGCCUACUUCGCCUACAAGCGGGAGGUGCUCCUGGGCGCCUCGGAGUGGCUCAGCGCCCCCGAGCGCCACCGCCAGCGCCUUCUCUACAGCCAGCUCUGCUGCGUAGGUAGGUGGGUGCGUGGCUGCCAGCGAGCGGGCGGGCGGACGGUGGGAGGCGGGCACUGCCAGGCAGCAGCUGCACCUCUCCCUCCUGCCAAGGGUGCGCGCCGUCCAGGCUCGGUCCUCCUCGUCCUCGGGCGCGGCGAGCCGAGGGUUAAAGGGGGCGCGGAACGAGCUGUCUCCGCCUCCCGUCCCCGUAGCAACCAGCCCGCGCACGCGCGCUCCCUCGCAAGGGAGGGAGUCCUGGCUGCGCGCGCGCUCCCGACCCUUCAGAGCGUUUUGCCCCCGCCGCUGCCGGCCAGAGCCCAGGGAGCGCGGUUGACUAGAGUCUCCUCGGCUAGAGCCGGCUCUGGUGGGGCUGCCCCAUCUCUGUGCCUGGACUGGCACCCCCUAAGGGGCCCUUGCCACGCGGGUGGGAGGCAGAGGCGCCGCGGGAGAAUGGAAGUCUUAAAAUACAUCUCUAUAUGCGAGUGUGUUUAUUGUUUUUCACAAUGCAGCGAACAGCAAAACAAACUGGCCAUUCUUGAGCUCCUUGAAGCCAACGCCGCUCCUUCUCGCCCAAGUCCUCCCUGCCUUUGGGGUGGUCUCUGUGGGGGGGGCGGGGGCUCAGCUCCUGGGAACCAUUUUUAAUUACAAGGCUGCAUUAGAAGACUGUGAAUCAGAGUUUCCCCUUCCUUCUGGCGGGCAGGGAGCCCAGAGGAAGCAGCGGCCGGCCGCCUGGUGUCCUGCCUGGAAAAUGUUCCUGGUCGGGCUUCUGUCGGCUGGGGAGGAGGAGGGAGCCCCUCCCGCGCUUGGCAGGCUCACCUGGCAGCAAAGGGGAAGGAGGAGCCCUGGGAUCCCUGCCAACAGCACCCCAGUCCUUUGGCAAAUUUGCAUAAAUUCCUCAGUUUCUGCUCAGGGCUGGGUGUGGACCUCCUCAGCACUAGGAACUUGGUUGCAGAAAGAAAUGUAGCCGUACAGUCAGCACUUUGCAUCCUUCCUGCCCUGAGGAACCUGAGAUCCAAAACACACAGGAGGGAGCAGAGGAUGGAGAGGCAAGGGGGGGUGUUAAAAGAGAAAUCUGAGGGCUCCCUUGGACAAAAAACAAGGACACCAGCCAGGAAUAUCAGAGCAAAACAGCAGCCAGUAGGCUUGGUCUUGAUUGAAGACUGUCGUGACAGGACUCCCACCUGCCACCAGGUGGAACAAGAUGGAAGCCCGAAACAAAAGAGCCCCUAAACUUUUAUUAACUUUUAUCUCCAUGUUACACCCCCCAAACUACAUCACUCAUACACCACGGUUACAUCAGGAAAGGGGAGGUCUGGUGGCAGGAAUCUGAGCAUCCUGGACCCUGCCCCAUGGUUCUCCUUGCCCUCCACCAAACACCCAUCAAGUGUAACAAAAGAGAUAUUUACAUUUCCCUGUUUCCCAGCCAAGUUAAUCACACCCUUUUGUCUUCAUCUGGGUUUGUUCUUUCUGGAAUGGCUACCUGUCUGGCACUCAGGUAUCAGGAUGCCAGGGAUUAUCCCUCAGGCAGAGGGGCUGCUGAGGAGCUGAGUUCACAUGUCUAUAGGAAUUUCUGAAGUUUUCCCAGUGAGCCAGUACAGAGAUACUGUACAUUGAUCAUUUGGUAUUGUGCAGCAGAGGCCCUUUAAAUAGAUAGGAAGAAACUCUGAUAAAGUGUGUUGUGGAGUCACAAAAGUGAUUGUGCUGAUUUUGGUAGUGGGCUGCAUGUGCAUAAUAUCUGCUGGAGGGGCAUCUCCCCCCUCCCAAACCUAUACAUAAAUUCCUGCAACAGGAGGGAGCACCAUUCUUUCCUUUUUUUUUUAAAGUAAUGUUUAUUAAGAGUUUAAAAGUUACAAAAAGAAAAAAAAGAGUUAAACAAAGCAAAACAAUACAAUACAAUACAUAAAAAACAAAAAACACUGCUUAUCUUAACAAAACAAAAACAAGAACAAAAACAGAAUCAAUUAAAAACACAUCCAAUAUUUCCAUAUCUUGUCUUUCAUUUACUUGUUACGACCUCCUCACACCUCCCUUUUUGUAUUCUAGUUCAGUUAGCUAUUACAGCAAAUCCUUUCCAUCUUUCUCAGUUUUUAUCCUAUAAUUUAUCUUAACACAAUCUAACCUUGUUCUUUUCCCCUUUAGCCCAUUAACAGUCUAUUUUUACUUAAUUCUUUAUAACAUUUCUGCUAAAGCCAUAUAACUUCAUUCCAGCAUCCGUCUAACAUUCAUUAAUUUUACAGUGUUUCUGUAAAUAGUCUUUAAAUUUUUUCCAAUCUUCUUUCCGUUUAGAAUGUAAGCUCCUUAGGGCAGGGACCUGCUGCUGUACCAGGGCUGGCUCACCUGCGCAGGCCCUCCGGGGGUUAGACUCAAGCUCCCUCUACUCCCAACACAGAUGCAGGCUGGGGAGGGCCCCCCCCCCAAGUCAGGCCCUGUUCCCAAGCCUCCCUUUUCAAAGGGGCCUGGCUGUAGAGGCUGAGCUGGCUGUGGGGCAAGGCUGCUGCGUGCAAAGAUUUGCCCCACAAGUGUGGCAACUGCUCGGCACCGGAAGGAUCCGGCAAGCGGUGCCCUCACCUGGAGCCCUGAGUCACCCUGGCGUCAGCUUACCUGGAAGGUGCAUAGUUAACCCCCUGGAAUCUGCUCCCUCCGGGCACAGUGGCUUUGAGAGAUUUCGUGGAGGAAGAUAAGGCUGUCUCUGCAAGGCGUUGCCUGCAGGUCCAGGGGCAGAAUGGGCUCCUGAGGGGGAGAGGCUGCUGGAGGCCAGACUCGCCUUCCUUGGAGGCUUAUAAGCAAAGGUUACGUUCUUUAUCUGCGAUUCCUGCAUUUGCAGGAGGCUGGAAUAGAUGACUCUCGGGGAAUCUGUUGCCACCCUUGAUUCCCUCCAGGGCCUCUGGUCAGAUUCUGAUGCUCUUCUACGGAAGCUUCCUGGAGAGCCCUGCCCCAGUGCUGGUCCAAAGGGGAUGACGGCCUUGAGCCAAAAGUCCCCUGAUUUCUCCAUGUGCCACACUUGGGGGGGGGCGCUGCCCUGCUUCCUGUUUGAGAGUGAAGGAGCGGCCCAGAAAUGUCCUGCUGGAGGAGCUGGUGCCCCUUGGUGCUGGAGGCUGGCGAGUCCUGGCUUGGGGCUGGGCCUGUUCCCAUCUCUCCCCAGGCCUUGUUUGUUCUGCCCUUCCUUCUCCUGGGUUUGCCCAGGGAGGGGCGGCUGUGGGGUGGAGGGAACCACAGGGAGGAGCAGCGCAAACAGCUCACUGCCUCCUGCCCGUUUCCUCUUUUUGCCCCCAGGAGAGCCCCCCCAGAAUUCCUUAGCCACUGUGUCCCCUGCCUAUGGGGUGCUGCUACUGCUGCUGCUGCUGGUGUGACUCAGUGUGGGCCUUGGCACCAGGGCAGGAUGUGAGCAGCGCCCCCACGUCCUCUGGCGUCAGAGCGCAGGCCGCUGGCCCAGAUGUGUCGGCUGCGGCGGCAGCAGCUGGAACUUCUCUGUGGUUUCGAAACUGUUGCACUGCACAUUCCUCUGGUGUGCUGGGACCCAGCCCAGUUCUGCUUCUGGGGAGCCAGGCGGGGCCUGGGCCUGGCUGCCCUGGAAUGUGCUCCUGGGGCCGUGGCGGGACGGGGGGGGGGGGCAGCCACUGGAGCAGCAGCCCUGCAGACUUUGCCCUGGGUGUCUCUGCUCCCAGCUGCACCGUUUGGAGUGGGGUGGGGUGGGGUGGCACCCAGUGACCUUCUCCAGACUCUUCCCUCAAGGGGGGGGGGAUCUGAGGAACCACUGGGAAGCCAUAGGAACAGGAGGAUGAAGGUGCUGCCCCCCAGCCCCCUGAGGUGUGCAUGGGGUUCCUGCUCCUUCCCUUGCACCUUCUGCAAGGUUCAGCCCUGCCCCCUCCUCCCUGCCCACACCUGACAGGGCGCCUCCAGGUGUGAGCGGAGGGGCCCUUGGGGGGGUUGGCGCAUGAACACCCCCGCAGCCCUGUGGCCAUUAGUUGGGCGUUGCCCUGCUAGCAGGGUGAGUCACAGCCCAGCCUCGUGCCAGCCUGGUGCCUUCCCCCCGGGCAAGCUCCAACGCUGUGCCCACGCUUCCAGACUCUGGGCCUGUCAGGAUGGCUGCCCCGAAGGUUGUGCUGAGUGGCCCUGGGAGAGAGCAGCAGGGUGGGGAGGUGCCAGCUAUUGCCUCCUGGGCAUUGGGAGCCCUGCCUUCUUCCUCUGAGUCUGCUGGCAGCAACCUUCUUCCCUGGUGCUAGGAAGACCCGGCCACACCACCGGCUCUGGCUGGCCCACGUGGUGCCCCUUCUGCAAGUCACUUGGGGGCAGCAUCUCAUUGUAUCUCCACACCAGCCCUGUGAGGUAGGCUAGCCAGAGAGAAGGGUUUUCCCCAAGGCUACCCAGUGAGUGGAGAUUUGAACCCAGACCACAACACACUGCCCACCAUGGCCCUUUACACCACUCUUGCCCUCAGCCUUGAGAGGUGCUGGACUUUCCUUCAUUGGAGGCUUUCAAAACUAGAUGGAAUGACCACCUGCCCUGGUUUAUUUAGCUGUGAUUCUGGCAUUGCAGGGGGUUGGACUAGAUGGCCUCUGGGCUCCCUUCUAACUCUACAGUUCUGUGAUUCUGCUGGCCUGCCUGCAUCAAAUCAGAUCAGGGAGCGGAGCUGGCUGGGAGUCUUAAAAGGGACCAUGAAUGAAAGUGGUGAUGGAAGUAUUUCCUUUGGGUAUACUCUGGGCGGAAACAGGAGCACUGUGUUUCCGCUCUGUGUUGAUUGUGGGGGCCUGAUCCCCUUUUUUUGCUCGCCUUGCUGGGUGCAAGGGGAACUCUUCUUCCAGGCCUCUGCUUCAUGCUGGCCAGGAAGCGGUUAAGUUUUCAGGAAGCCCUCUGGGCAGAGCUGAGGUUUCCUGCCGGCUGGGCUGGGCAGAGCAGGGAAGCCCAGUCCCCUCCCUCGGAGAGAGUGGUGGGCAGGGCUCAGGGGAGGCGCUGAGGGCCCAUCCCGGCUGGGGCAGGGCUCAGGCAGUUGCUGGCGGCAGCAUCUAGAUGCUGCCAGGAGCCGAGUCUGUUUGGUUCAGCGCCUUGUGCCCGGAGCCUGUGCCCACAGCCGCUGCCCCCACCAUGUCCCGGCAGAGGCUGCGCAGCCGAGAGGCGGCCGAUGGGCCCCCCACCUCCCCAGGGCUGGCCGACCAGAGCAACUCGGAGGAGAACCUGUACAAGGCGGUCCUCAGGGCAUCCGAGGGCAAGAAAGGUACUGGGUGGGUGCGCUUGAGGGGUUAAUGCUGCCCCACCUGGGACAGAGAUGGCGAUGGGUGGGGCGUUUUGCAUUUUGCGUUUCCCCACAGCUUCCUUCCUUCCUUCCUUCCGCCCUCCCUCUGGGCACAGUGGGGCCUGCGCUAUGGGGAAGUGGGAGGCUCUGGCUAGGAUGAAGGUCCAAGAAGGGUUGUGGCUGCUGCCAGGCUAUGUGUUUGUGUGUUCCUGCACAUGCACUGCGUGGUGGGGCAGCUUUGCUCCGGCAGGUGCCCUCAGCUUGGCAGCGGGUCUGGGGCUUGGGGUGCUGGUGAGGUGCUCCUGAAAGGCACUCCAGGGGUCCCUGGGCUCAGGCAGUUGGCUGCUUUUUCUGAGGCCCUCAGAGUUGGGGGCCCCCUAAGCCUGGCACAGCUGGGUCUCCUGGGGUGGCUGUGCUGUGUGUGCCCACCUUGAGUAGCGGCUGUGGCUGCUUUUUUGCUGUCAGACUUGGGUGAGCUUGCCACCUUUAAGUGGGGCCCCUGUGCCUUUAACAGGCAGAAAUUCAACAAGUUAGGCUUUCCGCCCCUCUGCAGAUUUGCGCCUGUUGACUCUCCACCAGCCCCUGAAAAUCCAGGUGUGGGGGGAUAUUCUAGGAGAGCUUCCUUGGCCAGCCCCUUAGGAGGCUGUGGGUUGCCAGCCAGGCGUGGGGGGCAGCACAUGAGGCCUUGGGGUGGGUUGGGCACUCCCUGCACAUUCCCUGUCGGGGUGGGGAGGGGCCGACCUUGUGCUUCCAGGGCUCCUGGCUGCUCUGCUUCUGCUGGGCAAAUCCCAGCCUGCAGGAGCCAGAGGAGGAGGAGGAGGAAGGGAGCGAGACACAACAAGCCAGCCCCUGGUCUGGCCCGGAAGCCAUGGCAACCGGUCACAUGGGGGCUGAGCCAGGGCGCCCUGCCCAGGCACCAGGGGAUGGCCGAGGGGUCCCCUGGGGGCAGAGGGGGCACCCAGUGACCACUUAGCUAGAUUGUUGGCCCAGGUGGCAUCCUGUUCCCUGGCAAGACCCCCCCCCCAGGAAUCCUGCCUCCUGCCUUAGAGUCAUGGAACUGUGGGGACCUCAGGGGUCAUCUAGUCCAACCCCCUGUCCGAGGGCGCCAUGGGGUUGAGGCAGACUGUGCUCUCACCAAGUUUGGGCAGAGGCGCCAGGCCUCUUUCUGCCACCUCUUACAGGACAGGGUCUUUCCAGGAGGGUGGGGGUUUUUUGGGUGCUCUCUUUUGUUUCCACCUGUGUAGCUGGAUUCCUUUCUCCCUGGGCACCCCAUUGUUGUCAUGGGGGGAGGAGCGCACUCCUCCUGAUUGCGGUGGCCUCUUUGGGCUUCCUGUGGCCCACGAAUGUGGUCCUAGCCAUGGACUUGGGUGACUGGACAGGGAUUAUAUCCUGACCCACGGGAGAAGGACCUGUUGGUGGCUCUUCACUGGGACCCCCGAAAAUGUCUCUGGGCCCCGUGCCCUCAUGCGGUGCUGGUUUGGAGGCAUCCCAGUCACCAGCAAAGCCCCUCAGGCCUGGCUCCCGGUGUGCAGCUGGCCGGAGGAGGAGGGGCUGUGGUGGCGAAAGCAGAGGGCACAGAGCAAGCGCAGGACUUUGGAAAGCUGGUAUCACCGGAUAAAGUUCAUCAGUUUUGUUGCAUUAAUUAGUUUUAAUUGGAUUUUGAAUACAUGUGCCGUUAAUUGUCGUUGCUUUGCAUUUUAUUGUGUUGUUAUCUUCCUUCGCGUGUCAUGCAAACUGCUAUUCUGAAUAAUGCUUUUAUAGGGCAGGGUGGGGGGUGCUGGGCAUGGGCUUAUGGGACCGAGGGGGCAGUGGAUCCCAAAAGUUUGGGGGUCAGGGGUGCAGAUGACCCUGAACUGUGGACCUGAUGGUCUGAGUGACUCAGGGGAGGGCAGCUUCCUCUGUGAGUGUGGUGGGGAGACCUUUGUGGGAGGGGCCGGGGGGCCUCUUUUUCUCUUGCUGGGCGCCUUGGCAUUUGUGCCAGGCCUGCUACGGGUGAUGGUGCAAGGGGCUGGCACCCGGUGCCUGAGUCACUCUUGCAUUUCCUUCCUGUUGCAUCGGGUGAAUCACCUCCCUGCGCCUGGUGGUGAUUCUGGCUACGACUGCCGCUGCCGCCUCCCCCCUCUGCAAUUUCCUUCCUGGAGGUGGGGGCUGCCCCCAAACGUUCUCUGAGCUGCUCCCUCCAGCCCCUCGACUCAUGUCCGCCUCUCCUCUCUUGCAGACGAACGGGAUCGGGUCCAGAAGAAAACCUUCACCAAAUGGGUCAACAAACACCUUAUCAAGGUAAGGGGACACCUUCCCCUGCACCCCCCCAAAUAAAAAUUCCCGGGAGGUGGCUGGCCAGGCUGAGAGCCUCUCAGGGCUGCCAAGCGAGAGAGAAAUAUAUUCCAACUAAAUGAAUCUGAGGACACUCUGGCUGGGGGGGGGGGGCCUUUGGGUGGGUGAAGACCCAGCUUUGCCAAGGACAUGGGGGGGGGGGGGGGUUGAAGGGUGCCUCUUUCUCUUCCCUCCCCCAUUCCCCUGGCAGACAACCAUCCCAUUCUGGAUCUGACACGCCCCGUAUUUCCUUCCCCUGUGGUGGAAAGAACACCCCCCCAACCCGCUUCACUUCUGAAUCGGUCUAUUAUCUCUGUGGUUGUGGGGUGUGGUCUGCCCCCCCCCCGCCCAGUCCUGUGACUCCUGUUGCCAGAGGUGCCCACAGAACUGUAGGAUUGUCAAACUGGGAGAGACCCCCGAGGCUCAUCUAGUCCAGCCCCCUUGCAAUGCAGGAAUCACAGUCACUUGGGGGGUGGGUGGGUGGGUGGGCUGUCCUUCUCCUUCCUUUGGGGCUGCAGGCCCCAUGGCCCCCAACACCCAGACCCUCCAGUGUCUUGCCAGCCAGUGGCACCUGGGGGGCAGCCCCAUCCCCGGAGCGGACUCCUUUGCUUUGAAACCUUGGCAAUAUCAGCAACAUGCUCUGACCAGCUGAGCUGACCAUCAAUUUCAAUGGGUCUCCUCUGAGUAAAAGCUGAAUGCCUUCAUCAGGGGGCUCUUCUCUCCACCACCGGCAGCCUCAUGAGAGGUAGAAACCUGCCCGGUGGGACCCUGAUGCCCCUGGCCAUGUGGUGCCCCUGCCAGGCUUGGUGGGGGCAAGGGCUGGGAUGCCCAGUGUGAACCCACCAGUGCCAGGCACCCUGCAGGUUCCGUCCCCUGGCAUGCUGUGCCCCCCAGGCUCUCUCUGGGGCUGUUUCCUCUUCUUCCUAACCUCUUUCUCUCUCUUCCUGCCUCCUCUCCUCCUCUUCCUCCUCCUCCUCCUUCUUCCUCCUUCCUGGCAACAGCACUGGCGAGCAGAGGUAGGUGCCCAGGAAGUGCCCAGGGCUCUGUCUUGCUCUCUCCUCCUUUCUCUCCAUAUUUCCUUCUGCUCUGUCCAUCCGAACACCCAAAGGUGCCUCGGGGAGAGUCAGGCCGCCGGCUGGUGACUCCCAGGCCUUUCAGGGGACUUCCCCGUUUCCCUGGGGGGCGGGCUCCCACAGCUUCCCUGCUGCUGAACUGCAGCCCCCACCCCUUGCACUGUGCUCCCCUCAGGUGGCGGCUGCUGCCAGGAGGGUCUGCAGAACUAGCGAUCCACUCGGAGUGGAGAGGGGAUGCCUUUUGGGUCAAACAUUUUAAGGUUGGCCAGGCCUGGGGGUGGGGGCUCCUUUCAGGAUGGGAUCAGUGCCCCCUGUGUGGUCAGGGCCUGGGAUCCCUAGUUUCAGGCCUUGCCCUUUGCUUGCUGGUGGUAAAUGGGUGGGAGGGGGGCUGGCUGGCUCCCCCCUGCCGGUCCUGACUCUCUCUUUGCCCCUUCCAGGCCCAUCGCCACGUCAACGACCUCUACGAAGACCUCCGCGAUGGGCACAACCUCAUCUCCCUCCUGGAGGUGCUCUCAGGAGAUACUCUGGUACGUAGAAUCCUCACCCCCGGGGGGACUGGCUGCUCCCCCCGUACCCCCAGAUAGCAGGAAAGCAAGUCUGGCCAACAAGGCCCCCUCCUAACGCUGCACUGCCCCCCAGCUCCUGCUGCCUCCCCCCGGAGUGUUUUAGCCCCCUCCUCUCCUGCCUGCUCCCCACCCCCCCUCCCUAUUGCCCUCCUGCUUGGGGCUCCCCCCCUCAACCCCCCUCGGGUCCAUCUCCCUGCUGAGCCUGGAGUUGCCAGCUCCUGGGCAGACUUUUUUGGGGGGGGAAUGUCCCCCCAUCCAGUGCUCUGUGCCUGCCAACUCCAUUUUGCAGCCCACCUGAUUCUGAGAGUCCAGCUCUUUCUUUAAAAAAACAAGAGAAGCAUUUGGGGGGGCAGGAAGGGGGCUUCUUUGCUCUUGCCCAGCUGCUCCCCCCAUCUUCCUUUUUAAAAAACAUAAUUUGCAUUUGAUUUUACAAAUGUAAAGAUGCAACAAUACCAAAUACAUGUCCAUAUUUAGAGAUUUCUUGGAAUCCCCAGACUUGCCUCCAUCCUGGGUCCUAUGGGCAACAUUUUCAGCUGCAUAUUAUUUCAUAAUCCAUAUUUUGCAAUUGUCCGUAGUAAUUGUUACGCUACAAGUGUUAUUAGAAUCCUGCUAAUGUUUUCAUCUGCUUGCAGGGGUCUCCUAAAUACGCCCCCCCAAUCUUCCAGUCCUCUGCCCACAGUCCGUCUGUGCCCCACUUGCAGGGGGGAGGGUUGCCCUAGAGAAGCCUUGGCGAAUGGCAGCAAGUGUGGGGCACAGGCAGGCAGAGAGCCCUGGAGCCCCUUAGAGGAAUGGGCCCCCCAGACCUGCUCAGGCUCCCUUUGGGGUUCAGAGCACCCACCCCACCUCCCACAACUCCAGAGGUCCAGAGAGUUAGUUUGAGGAGGCGUCGCUCACCUUUUGCCCCAGGAACUUUGCAGCGCAAUGCUGGGUGCCUGCCCUGCCUGGGAAUAACAGCUGCUCACCUGCUGCUCUCGUCUUUGGUUGCUCCCCCCGCCUCCCCCCUCUGUCUAUGCGCUCUAACACCGUAACUCUUGUGCGCUGCACGGGGGUCUCUCUCUGUCUCUCUCUCUCUCUGCUGCCCGCUCUGUUUGUCUCUCCUCCGGGCGGGACUCUGCCUUCUGACUGCUGCCCUUUGGCCUCUGCCCCCCUCUUUGCUCGGCUCCCACCUGCCGCCGCCCCGUAGCCCAGAGAGCGCGACGUGAUCCGGAACUUGCGGUUGGUGAGUGGUUCUGCUCUGCCCCCCCUUGUCGCUUUCUGCAUGGCAUUGCACCCGCCACCCACACGCCUGCCCUGGGUUGAGCUGCUGGGGUGGGUGCCAAGGAGACCCAUCUCCCUCUUGCUGGCGCAGAAGUGCUGCUGCUCCUGCCUCUCCCAAGGCGAGCUCUGCCUGGCACACGGCCAGAGGUGCCACCUCCCAGGGGCUGAGCUCUUUGGGGGGCCCCAAUAUUUUGGGGGCUCCCCAAUGCUCAAAAGCGGUGGAGGAAGAGCUCUUGGCCAUUGAAACGAUGCAGCCCCCCAUUCAUCUCUGCUCCUGGCUCCGCCCAACAUCCUGACAUCACAUGCAUGGUGGCGCCGCCCUCCAUUCUCCCUCGGAAGUUGGUGCAUCUGCCCACGGCUAGCUAAUGCCAGGCCUGGAUGGAGGGGGGACGUUGUCCCCUGGCCUCCAGCCAUGUGGCUAUUGAAGGAGUUGGUUAUGGGCGUCAGGGUGCUAAAUGGGAGGGAGAGGAGGGCCAGUGAAGGGGGUGGGCCAGUGAAGAUCCCAGCAAGCCAUUCCCCAGCCCCCCAGGUUUGGCUUCAGCCGGGCCUUGGCUGGGGCGGGGGCAGGAUCUGCGCUUGCAAAGAGGGAAGAGGGCUUCUCUGUAUCUGCAUCCUUCCUCUUCUCCUUGUGCCAGCCCCAUAGCUGGGCAAGGGUAGGGGGUUCCUCAGAUGGGCCAGUGUGUGGCAGGAAGCAAGCCAGGAAGGGGGAGGGGAGGAGGCGGAUGACAGAAGCCUUUACACUGGCUCUGCCUGAAGGUGUCCGGUGGGGGGAGAGCAUUUCCUGGACAUUGUUUUCUGACUUGCGUCUGGCAGGAAGGAUUUGGGGGCUGGCCUCCCCCUUCUUUCCUCCUGCUGGGCUGGGAUCCUCUGCUGGGGAGGCUUGUUUGGACCAGGGCAGGGUUGUUGUUUUUUUGGGGGGGGUCACUGCGCCCAGAUGUGGAGCCUGGCAGGGCAGAGACACUGACUUCCCUCCCGCUCUCCCCGCAGCCCCGCGAAAAGGGCCGGAUGCGGUUCCACAAGCUCCAGAAUGUGCAGAUUGCCCUGGAUUACCUGAAGCACCGGCAGGUGAGACCCGGGAGCUGGUGAAGGGGCUGGGGGUCAGGGAGGGAGGGAGUCUGGCCUGGCAUGCCUUGAGGGGUCGGGGUGGCUGGAGCCCCCCUGAUAAUUGGCGUGAUGUGCCAUUUCCCAGGUGAAGCUGGUCAAUAUCCGGAACGAUGACAUUGCGGACGGAAACCCCAAGCUGACUCUGGGCCUCAUCUGGACCAUCAUCCUCCACUUCCAGGUGAGUGGGGAGGGGAGCCUGCUGUGGGGGGGGCACUGAGGGGACACUGAGCGCGGCAUGGGAAAUGGGCCUGGGCACAGCUAUGCCAGAGCCUGCCUGCCUUGUGGUGGCCCCUGAGGCCUGCCAGCCAGGUCCUGUCAAAUGCAAGACGGUUCUUUUAAAAUUAGAUUCAGAAGCAAUACAAAGGCAAGUGUGUGAGAAGAUUACAGAUUUUAUUCUGAACAGCAGGUAAAAUAUACAUUACCAAGCAGCACUUCAAUCUGCCACUGGGAAGCUCAAAGAAGUGGCAAAGUGAUUCCCCCCCCCCCCGAUAGUCUUCCUUUGCCCAACCCUCUGGCCAUGAGUCUGUGCCCAGCUUCUCACUGCCAUGCUCAAAAACUAGAUAUUUGAGAGAUGCCGUGCCCUCUUAGGGCCAGGGCAGGUUUGUCUAGGAGCUAUUCUACAUCAAAGACCAAAAGCCAGGCCACACAUCAAAGGCUUUCACUGACCAGUGCUGUUUGCCAACAGACCACACAUCAAAGACUCUUUUUUUCCAAGGGAUAGAGAAAGUAAGAAAACAUAGAUAACCGGAGCCAGGAAGAGUUGAGCAUGUCAGUUCACUAUCUCCUCAAAAUCACAACAAUCUUCUGGAAUAAGUUCCCCAUACUCUUCAUUCCAUGCCAGGGCAGGGCAGGCAGGGUCUUCUGAGGGGAAGGGAAGGGAAGGGAAUAAAAAUAAAAAUAAUAAAUUUUAUUUAUACCCCGCCCUCCCCGGCCAGAUCCGGGCUCAGGGCAGCUAACACCAAUAAAAUCACAGUAAGAACAUAAUAGGGGAAAAGAAAAAAACACCAAUUUAAAAUACAAGUUAAAAUGCAAUUUAAAACGCAGCCUCAUUUUAAAAGUAGCCAAUAGAUCAAGGUGCAAAAUCCCCUCCUAAGCUCCUGUCUCUUGGCUUGUUGGUCAUCUGAUCUCAGACAAACCAGUCAAACCGAUCAGUCACAUUGAGCUCCAGCGAAGAGUCCUGGCUGAGUUGUGGCCCAGCCCCACAGUUCAGGCCCCCCCCCCUCGUGGGCUGGGUCCCCUCAUGAGACGGAAGAUGCGCCAGCAUUUUAAGACAAGGGGCAGUGGGGUGCAGUGGUUAGAGGGCCAUACGAGGACCUGGGAGAGCGGCGUUUGAAUCCCCACUGGGUGAUUCAGAUCGCAGGGUGACCUUGGGCCGGUCGCUGCCUCUCAGCCUGCCCUGCAGGGGUGUUCUGGGGAUUAAAUGAGCAGGAUUAAACCGUUCUCUGCCGCCUUGAUCUUCUUGGAAGCAAAGAUGAGGUGUAACUGGAGCAAAACAGCCAAUCAGUGAAUUGUGGGAGUUUGGGAGGAUAGGAGAGGCUUUGCCUGGGGGGCACUGCAAUGGAGGGCUCUGCUGGAAAGGCCCCCUCCCUUGCUGCCUCCUUUCUCCCCCCCCCAUUCUUUUAUGCAGAGUGAGGGUGCAUAGAAGGAGACCCAGGAGAGAGGCUCUUGCCUCGUGCAGGGGGAGGGGCACCCUGAGGUGCUGCUGGGGAGGAGCACUCAGGGUGGGGCCGCUGCUGUGAGCUGUGGUUGCAGCAGGAGAGGAGUCUGUGGCUGGCUGGGCCUGACUCACCCCUCGCUCCAGGACACACAGAUUUUCCAGCGCUAGACGCUGAUGCAACCACCUUGGCUUGUGCCCCAGAGAAGAGGGGGGGAGAAGGGAGGGGGGCACGUGCCUCUUGGGGGACCCAGUGGGCACCCCUCUCUGUAUCUGGCAUCUGGCAGCCACUGUGAGAACAGGAUGCUGCCUUGAUCCAGCCGCAUAAGGACACCAUCAGAGCUUGCUGGAUGAGACCCGAGGGGCCCCCUCUAGCCCAGCCCCCUGUCCCCACAGGGGCCAACCAGAUGCCCCAAAGCAGGAUUGGAGCGCAAGAGCAGCCCUCUGCCCUCCCUCAGGCCCUUCUGGCUCAGAAGGCAGGCAGGAUGCCCUGGGGAGAAGGUGCCCAUCCUCCCUCUGCCCUGCUUGGCCGUCCGAUGCCCGUUUGGCUCUCGAUGCCCUGCCCCGAACACACCUAUCCAUUCCUCCUCCUCAGCCCCCUUGGCAUGGGCAGUGGGGCUGCCGUGGGUUUUGCUGCAGAAUGAUGCUGGCCCUGGCUGCCCCCCGUUGGUGCCCGCCCAGCUCACCCCUCGGCUUCCCUUGCCCACAGAUCUCGGACAUCCAGGUGAGCGGCCAGUCGGAGGACAUGACCGCCAAGGAGAAGCUGCUGCUGUGGUCCCAGCGGAUGGUCGAGGGCUACCAGGGCCUGCGCUGCGACAACUUCACCACCAGCUGGCGAGACGGGCGCCUCUUCAACGCCAUCAUCCACCGCCACAAGUAAGGGGGGUCUGCAGGAGGGGUUUUUAAAAAAUCAAACGCAAAUCUGGAUGCAGGGAAAGUAGGAUAGACGCCAAGUGCCUCAAUGCUGUUCGUCCGAUGACUCACACGCAGCCCAGCCCUCGAGGGAGACCCUGCGGGUUUGUGGUUUGGUGGAGGGACGGAAAAGGAGGGGAAGUGAGACGCCGUGAAGGGGGGGGUCAGAGGGACGAAAUGGGGAAGGAGAUCUGGGGAGGCAGCGGAGGAAAGGGAAAGCAAUCCCCACACAUUUCCUGCUGCCCCAAAUUUCCUUUCUCUUCAGAAAGGUGCUUGAAGGUUAAGAGUAGAAAGGAGGGGGCCAGCACGCAUUUUUCCUAGCCCCCCAAUUCCCUUCCAUCCCUGCAACUAGAGUCUCAGCCGGCCUGACUCUGGCUCUCGGUGGUCUGCCAGGGGCAGAAUGGCCCCCUCUGCUGCUUCUCCCUCUGGGUGAGCCCUGGCCCCCCCUGCAGAGCAGCGCAGGCGUUGCUUGCGGGACUGCAGCCCCCGCUCUCCCGCUCUGCCCCAUCUCUUCCUCCUGCCCCCCGCUUCCUCUCCCCCCCCCCAUGAGAGCUUGCCUGCACCCACUUGGCUGGGCUUGUUUGCUCAGAGGCGGCCUGCAGCAGGGGAGAAGGCGGGGUGGGGGUGGGCUGCUGUCCUCCUGCCCCUUCUGUGCCCCCCUUCUCCCCCCACUCUGGGUCCCCAAGACCUGUGGGGAACAUCUCUCCCCCUGCCCCAGCCCCAGCCUGGAAGAGUGAGUCCUUCAGGGAGAAGGUUAUUGGCAGAGCAGUCCUGGCGGUGGGCCGGAUGGCAAUGGCGGAUCUGCAAAGCUGCAACAAGUCUGAGCCUGGCGCCCGCCUGCCCCACCUUCCCACACGUGGCUGGGAGCAGGGCGGGGAUCCGGCCCACCCUGCCGGCGCGCUCCAUUCGGAGCAGGGAGUGCAGUGGGGCCAGAGGCAGCAGACACCUUUGCUGCUCCCUCCUCCGAGCGCGUGGGCAUGAGCGGGCAUUCGCGUGGCAAGCGCCGGGCCGGGCGCCGGGGCCUGGUGGGGUCUGGAUCCCUGCGGACCAAGGAGGAGCGGGUGGUGAUGGUCUGUGAGGAGGUGCCCCCCGUGGACUCUGGGCUGCGGGCACAGACGCUGCCACGCUCCAACGGGGCUGGCGAAGAAGGAUGGGCGCUGGCAGGAGGCCGGAACGUCAGCGGCUCCCUCUACUCCGUCCAUUCCACGCUGCGGCUUCAGGAAAUGUAGGAGGGUCUCCUAGCCACCCCCCUGUUCCCCUGAGCUCCCCCCUCUCCUUCCUGUAACUGUGUAUGGGGGUGUCAGUUGGGGGCUUCCUCGCCAGCUUAAGGGAGGCAGUCUGUGCUGAGUCCCACCCUGACUCUGGCCCUGGGGAAUAGGAAGUUCCUUCUCUUAAUUGUGAUUUUUUGGGGGGGGGGCUCCCUCCCAUGGGAUUCCAUAGCUGAGCUUUCUUCUGUGGCUGUUGGUCCCAUCUGGGGCUGGGAAGGAGCAGCAUCUCUGCAGGGGGGGGGGGAGGAUUUUGUUUUUGUUUUGCCCUCCCCUUUGCCCCAUGGCUUGGCUCACUUACCUGAGCACCGCGGGAAGCUUUUUCUGUGCUCUGCCGCCUGGCGUGUGGCGGCUCCUGCUCCUUGCCACCUGGCUGGGAUUGUUGGGGCUUACCUGGAAGGAUACAGCCAGGUGUGAUCCUGCCUUGGGCUGGGCUCUUGCAUCUUGCCGGCGCUUGCCUGCCACUGCUUGCUGCCAGGAGAUGCUUCUGAGCUGAGUGGAGGCCUCUCCCGUCCCCCCCCCCCCCGCUUUAGCCCCAGCACUGAGCAGCCUGUUGCUACAAUUUGUGGGGAGGGGGCUGGGCCAGGCUUCUAAAUUCAGCAUGCCAUGCCCCUGCCCUGAACACCUUUGGGGACUCAAGAAGGUGCAUUUAAACCUGUAUUUUAAAUUGCCCCCCCCCAAUUACGUUUUUACUGUAAUUUUACUAUUGUGAGCCACCCCAAGCCUGGCUCUGGCCUGGGAGGGCAGGGUAUAAAUACAAUUAUUAUUAUUAUUAUUAUUAUUAUUAUUAUUAUUAUUAUUAUUUUGUCCCCCCCCCAUCCAUCCCUUGGGUUUUCUGCUGGACACAAGGACAGAGGGAGAAACACACACCCCCGGAGGUCAAAUGCCUGUUUUCCUGUGGGACUUCUUCAGCCUUUCCGACGUCCAGGAUGCUGCCCCACUGGUGCCCACCAAGGCUCUCCCCAGGCAGAUAGAUAACUCCCCACCCUUUUCACUAUUUUGUGGGCGAUGUUUGGUGUUUGGCCUGUUAGGGAUGGGCAGUCCUGAGUGCUGCCAGUUUUCCUGCUGUCAAAAUGGGUUUGCUUUGGUGUUCAUCGCUGUUCCUUAGAUUUCCAAAUGUGCUGCUGGCCCCCCCAAAGUUGGAAGCCCCUUGAAAGGGUUGGAAGGGCCAUUUGGUGCCCCCCUGCAAUUCAGGAGUGGGAGCUCUGAACCCUCUCCUCUCCCCCCAACAGGCCGAUGCUGAUUGACAUGAACAAAGUGUAUCGCCAGACCAACGUGGAGAACCUGGAGCAGGCCUUCUCCGUGGCCGACCACGAGCUGGGAGUGACGCGGCUGCUGGACCCGGAAGGUGCGUAGGGAUACAGGACAAUCGUGGGGUUGGGGAGGACCCCGAGGGUCAUCCAGCCUCACCCCCUGCCCCGCAGGAGUCGCAGCUCAAGGGGAGUGGGCGCCUGUGUGGGUGGGCAAGUGGGCACAGCCUGGCCGCUCUGUGGAGGGCGUUUGGGGGCUGACGGCCGUUCUCCUGCCCCUUGCAGAUGUUGACGUUCCUCAGCCCGACGAGAAGUCCAUCAUCACCUACGUCUCCUCUCUCUACGACGCCAUGCCUCGCGUGCCUGACGUGGUGGACGGCGUCAAGGCCAACGUGAGUGGGGGGCAUUUGGGGGGGCAGAAGAAGCCUUGGGGGGCUUGGGGUUGGGACCCCCCUCUGACAUCUCCCUCUCGCCCCGCCAGGAGCUGCAGCUGCGCUGGCAGGAGUACUACGAGGUGGUGACGCUUCUCCUGCAAUGGAUCCGGCACCACACGGUGAUCUUUGAGGAGCGCAAGUUCCCCUCCAGCUUUGAGGAGAUUGAGGUGAGAGAUCCACCCCCCAUCUUGGCCCUAGCCCACCUCUCCCACCAAGACUGGGCCCACCUGAGCCCCCCACUGCUCUGCCCCCGCAACCUGGCCCUCCCUGGCAGGACACCCCCCACGACCUUUGUCCCUGCCCCAGUCGCCUGCUUCCAAGCCUGUCCCUCCAGAGGGGCUUCAGGAGCAGGCUGGGUCUCCUGAGUCAGCUCCUCCUCGGCUCCCUUCCCCCUUCCCUGGCUGGCACCGGAUGAAAGGGCAGGCAGUGCGCUCCCUCCUCCUUGGUCAUGAGAGGAUCCUGGCGGCUGCCAGCGUCGGGGCAGGCGUGCCCAGGCAGGGUGCCCAGGGGAAGGAGGCCCAGGAGUGCGAAUUUUACGGGCUGCUCUGGCAGAGGUCCAGGGGGCCAGGCUGAGCGCCGCCCAACAGCAUCCGGGUACCUCUCUGGCCCUGGGCUGCCAUAGAAUCGAAGGACGGUAGAGUUGGAAGGGACCCUGGGGGUCAUCUAGUCCAACCCCCCCUGCAAGGCAGGAGCUGCUAGUUCGGAAGCCACUAGAAAAGCAGAACAGGAGGACUGUGGGGAAGAGGCAUCUCUCAGCGGCUGGACAGGCAAGAGGUCCCAGGCUCAGACUUACCUGAACCCCCAGAGACCCACGGCUGCCAGUCUGUGUGGGCCAUAGGGAGCCAAGGGGACCCCAAGGAACAGACCCACUCCUAAUUCUAUUUCCUGUGCCGGAGAGGGGCAGUGCCAGCCUUUGCCCACAAGCCCCGGAGAGUCCCGCGCUCUGCCCUUCCCCCCCCACUGACCCCCGCUUCCUCCCCCCACCCCAGAUCCUGUGGCGCCAGUUCCUGAAGUUCAAGGAGACGGAGUUGCCCGCCAAGGAGGCCGACAAGAACCGCUCCAAGGCCAUCUACCAGUCUCUGGAGGUGAGGGUGGCUCUUCUCUCCCCGCCCCAUCUUGCUAUGGGGCAGGCUUGGGGAAACGCGUGGGGUAGCGCUGGAUGGGGGCUGCGUUGCGAUCUGGCCAAUGUCCUUUGAUGGCUGGUUAACCCUUUAACGGGGGGCCUGUUUAGGCCGUGGGGGGGGGGACAGGUCCAGGUCUUCAGAGGCCAGUCCCCUCCCCCCGGCAGUUUGCAGACCCCAGUGCAGCGACAGGACAGCUGCUUGGCAUGCAGAAGGUCCCAGGUUCAACGCUCUCCAGCGUCUCUCUCUCUUUGGGCCUGGAGGAGGUGGAGCGAUCCUGGCUCUGGGCCUGCACCAGGCGGGGUCUGGCUGCCAUUGGCCAGCAGGGGAGGUCAGCCCAGGAACGUGGGCACAAGGUCCGAGCCCCUCCUGGCCUGGACUUUGGGUGAGCCUUGAAGCACCCCCUGAGCCAGAAAGAAGAGGUGCCCCCCACACGUAUAGGCCCCUUGGGGCUCAUAGGAGCAUAGAGUUGUAGGAAGGGACCCCACGUGUCAUCUAGUCCAGCCCCUGCAGUGCGGGCCGCCCAGCUGAUCUGCCUUUCCUGUGACCGUUGUGUCCUCGUUUCUCUUGCCCCAUGGCAGCCGUCUGUCCAGUCUGGGCAGCUGAAGGUUCCUCCCGGCUACCACCCACUGGACGUGGAGAAGGAGUGGGGCAAGCUGCACGUGGCCAUCCUGGAGCGAGAGAAGCUUCUGCGCUCCGAGUUCGAGAGGUGGGGCAGCUGUGCAGUUGGGCCCUUGGGCUGAGUCUGCCUGCCUGGGGGGCGGAGGCACAGGGAGAGGGUGCCACUCCCUCCUUCCUUGGUGGGGGGGGAGGGAGCACGAGAGUCCGGCUGGGUCCCUCCCCCUCCCUCCCUCCCUCCCUCUCCCCCCUCCGCCCCAACCGGCUGCCAGCCCAGCCCAGCUUUAAUGGGAAACACACGGUUGGUGACUCAUCUGCGCCGCCGAUCUCUUCAGGAAACGGCACAGCUUGAACCGCAGAGUCAGGCCGGGGAGGCAGCCGAGAGCAGCAUCAGGAACAGCUGCUGGUGGGCCCCGGGGCUCCGCUUUUGCUGGGGGGGGGCUGGGGAGGCCGGUGGGAGAUGCCCAGAGGUGGGGGUGCAAGCGGAUCAGCCGCUGGGAGGCGCCUGCACUGACCUGUCGCCUUUCCCUCCUCCAGGUUGGAGCGCCUGCAGCGCAUUGUCAGCAAACUUCAGAUGGAGUCGGGUCUCUGCGAGGAGCACCUCAACCAGGCGGACACCCUCCUGCAGUCGGUGAGACGCCCUUUCUGUUCCCGGCCCCCCCAGUGUGGGCUGGGCCCCUCCUUGGGCCCCGGACCUUGGGGCGGUCUGCUCUGCAGGGCCGGCUGGUGAGCCGCUUCCCCUUCUCCCCGCAGGACAUCCGCCUGCUGGCUGCAGGGAAGGCGCCCCAGAAGUCGGCCGAGAUCGAGCGCGACCUGGACAAAGCCGAUGCCAUGAUCCGCCUGCUCUUCAACGAUGUGCAGGCGCUCAAGGACGGACGCCACCCGCAAGGGGAGCAGAUGUACCGCAGGUCAGCAGCGCUGCUCCUCCUCCGGCCCCCGCAGGGCUUCCUGUGGCCCCCACGGGCCUCUGCUCACUCCAUGCUUGCCUGGGCUGCUCUGCAAAAGCCAAGAGCGCCCCCCUGUGCCUGAUGGCAGCAGGUGGUAGUGCAGGGUGAAUGCUCCUCAGUGAUGUGCCAAGGGGUGUCUGGCAUGAGCAGGGGGUCCCCUCCCCAGAAUGUGAAGGCAGGUGCUUAGCGCCCCCUUGUGGCAACUUACACCCAGCAUCUAGUCCGCUGAAUGCACCCCAUUGCUGCUGCUGCUGCUGCCAGGAGGUGCCCCCUGCCAGGCGACUCCCCCGCUGCCCCCGCUCACCGCCCCCUUCCUCCCGCAGGGUCUACCGCCUGCACGAGCGCCUGGUGGCCAUCCGCACGGAAUACAACCUGCGCCUGAAGUCUGGGUCGGCCCCCAUCGCCCAGGUCACGGUGCCCGUCACGCAGCGCCCGCGCCAGGAGCUGGACGACGUCACCCUGCGCUACCUGCAGGACCUGCUGGCCUGGGUGGAGGACAACCAGCGGCGCCUGAACGCGGCCGAGUGGGGCGUGGACCUGCCCACCGUGGAGUCUCAGCUGGGAAGCCACCGCGGACUCCACCAGUCCAUCGAGGAGUUCCGCGCCAAGAUCGAGAGGGCAAGAGCGGAUGAGGUGAGGGCCCCCCAUUGCCAGCUGCCCUCCCCGCAGCACUGCCUGGCCUUAGAGUUGAAAGGGACCCCCGAGGGUCUACUAGUCCAGCCCUCUGCAAUGCAAGAAUCGCAGAAAUGGGACCCUGACCCUGUUGCCUAUUGUUAACAGGAAUAAUAUUAUUGCACCCACCAUAAUUGUCCCUCUGAAAGGAGGAAAGUUUUUUGGGGGGUAGGAAGUCAUCUGAAAUGUGGGUUUUUCCCUUUUGGUCACCAGGACUGUAAGCUCCGUUCCACUGCUCAAACCAAUUCUAGGGGCAGCACAUCCUUUUUGCCCUCUGCCUCAGCUCUGCCUUGGAGGCAGGGGUGUCUAAGGAGAAGCCAAAUAAUUCCCCCAUGCCUCCCCCCACUUGGUGGGCAUGCCGUGCCCAAGGUGCCAGGCAGAGGCAGCUCCCUCUCCAUUGCCCCCCCCCCAAUUUCAUGUGCAGAGGGGAGGGGGGUUGUGGGGUGGUGCUGUGCGCCUGCCCUUGUUACUGCCAUGUGUCUGCUGCCUGUCCUGGAACUCUCCGCCUUUUUCUUCCUUCCUUCUCUCCCCCCCCCCCAGGCCCAGCUCUCCCCCGGCCCACGAAGUGCCUACCGGGACUGCCUGAACAAGCUGGACUUGCAGUAUGCCAAGCUGCUGGUGAGGAGCAUGUGGGCUGAGGGCAGGGAGGGGGAGGGGCUGGAUCCCGGUCUCUCCAGGGAAUGAACAGGAUCUCCUUUCUCCUCCUGGACCCUGUGCGUGAUCAUCACCUGAGGCUUUUCUUCAGGUGCCUCUUCCACAAGAGAGCUGGAGGGCCUUUUCUGUGGUGGCUCCCCACUUGUGGGAUGCUCUCCCUAGGGAUUCUUGCCAGGCACCUUCAUUGCAUAUCUUUAGGUACCAGGCAAAGACAUUCCUCUUCUCCCAGGCCUUUGGCUACAUAAGCAGUCCGUGGCCUUUUAAAUUGUUGGGAGGGGGGGUUAAUUUUUUUUAAAAAAAAUAUUGUGCAUUUUGCAUUUUGAUGAUGUCAACUGCCCUGUGGAGUUUGGAAAAAGAGCAGUAUAUACAUUUGCUUAAUAAUAAUAAUAAUAAUAAUAAUAAUAAUAAUAAUGGACAUGGUUCCUUGUAUGUGCCUGUCCUCCAAAAUGUGGGUCUUGGCACUCAGAAGAGAAGCCAAAUGGGGCUUGUGGGCAGGAGAGCCCAGGCAAAUGAAGGAAAGAGGGCAAAUCCUUUCCCUACCUUGCACAGCCCAGUCUUGGGACUCUCCUUGGUGUUGGCCCCUUCUCCCCUCCCUGUUUUUUCGAAUGGAAUCCCAACAUCCUUCCCAGCCUGGAGGACGGGUUGGCGAGGGCAGGCUGCCCCCUUGUGGUGCUGGGACCCCAGAGGGAGGAGGAGGAGAGGGUGCCCCUGUGCGCAUGCAGAAGGAGGCCGGGCGCCUGACCCCGUCCCCGCUGUGCCCUUGCAGAACUCCUCCAAGGCCCGCCUGCGCCACCUCGAGAGCCUGCAGGCGUUUGUGGCGGCUGCCACCAAGGAGCUGAUGUGGCUGAACGAGAAGGAGGAGGAGGAGGUCAACUACGACUGGAGCGAGCGCAACAGCAACAUGGCCGCCAAGAAGGAGAGCUACUCCGUAAGGCCCCGUCCUCUCGGGGUGGGGGGUGGGAGGUGGUUGGGGGGGCUGCCGCCCUUUGCCCGCUGACUGUGCCUUUUCUGCCCCGUCCCCCAGGGCUUGAUGCGGGAGCUGGAGCAGCGGGAGCGGAAGAUCAAGGAGAUCCAGAGCACGGGAGACCGGCUGCUGAGGGAGGAGCACCCGGGCAAGCAGACUGUGGAGGUGAGGCUGGGCGCGUGGCCAGGCAGGAUCGGGGCCCGGUGGGGAGCGAGGCUUGCCAGCGGGUCCCAUGACGGCUGCAGCUCGUGAUGGCUGUGGUUGCCUCUGCCACGUGGGCCUCACGAGGCCUCGGCGGGGAGCCACAUCCUGGCAUUAUCUCUCCGGGGGGGGGGGCUCUUGCCACACAACCCCCCCCCCAAUGUCUCACAAGACACAGGGGAGCUGAGCUGGGUGGGUGUGCCCCACCCCACUUUCCUGCCCCCAGCUCCUGCCCCAUGGCUGAGUUUCUCUCUCUCCCCCUUUCCAGGCCUUCCAGGCUGCCCUGCAGACCCAGUGGAGCUGGAUGCUCCAGCUCUGCUGCUGCAUUGAGGCCCACCUGAAGGAGAACACCGCCUACUUCCAGGUAUCUUGGGCGGGGGGCUGGCCGGGCAGGACUCCCGCUGCUCCUCUGGGGCUGGGCUGCUCCCCUUCUCCCCUGCAGCCAGCCAGCUGCCCUCCUGCGAAUGCUCUGGGGCCCCCAUUGUCCCUGGGGAGGAGGGGGCACCUCUGGGUAGCUUUCUUCUUGCCAGAGGCAGCUGGGCGUCUCCUCACCCGCCUCUCCCUCUGUCUCUCCCCAAGUUCUUCUCCGACGUGAAGGAGGCGGAGGAAUUCCUGCGCAAGACCCAGGAGACCAUGCGGAAGAAGUUUGUCUGCGACCGCUCCAUCACCGUCACGCGCCUGGAGGACUUGCUGCAGGACUCCCUUGUGAGUGUGGCCCCUUUGCACUGUCAAAGGACAUUUCCUGGGCUCACUGGGAUAGCCAAACAAAGACAGCCGCCGGGAGUAUAGAAGCAAAACAGCAGCCUGUAGGCCUGGUCUUUAUUCCAGACUCUUGCAACAGGACUUCCAUGCGGUGGCCUGGGAGAAGCCCCGAAAAAAGGGAUGCUUCCUCUUUUAUAAGUUUUCCCUUUUCCCUAUAAAAGCAUCAUGCACACAUCAUAGAUACAUUAUGCAUGUGGCACAAACUGGGAGGGGUUUCUGGCAGAAACUGGUUCAUCAGGUUUUCCCCCAACCCUCCUUGCCCACCACCCAUCGAGUGAUACAAUAGGAAUAUAUUUACAAGUUCCUGGUAUUCCCGGUCAGGUCCAAGAACUUAAUCCAUUCCUGGAGGGUCUUCUGUUGUCUGUGGGAUGUCUACCUGUCUGGCACCCAUUUGCCAGGAUGCCAGUGUGAUUUUCUCCCAGGCAAGGAGGCUGCUGAGUAUGUGGUCUCAGGCUCAAGGGAUUAUGGCUGCCCACAUCCCAGACUCCCCCCUUGCUAGCCAUUCCUUUCCUGAACAGUGGAAUGGUGCAAAUCCGAUACUGGAGCGAUUUUAUAUGAGUUUCUGAAGUUUUCCCAUUGAGCCUUACAUAGAUACAUUUAUCAGUGAAUUGUUGCAUUUGGUAAUGUGCAGCUGAGGCCCUUUGAAAAGAGAUAGGGGGAAACUGUGUGAUGAAGUGUUUUGUGGGGACAUUUGCAGGAGUGAUUGUGCUGAUACUGGUAGUGUGUGUGUGUGGGGGGGGCGCUGUAUGAUGUCUGCUGGAGGGGCAAAGCCUCCUUUCAACCUUUACAUAAAUUCUGGUAACCCCCCCCCCGUACCCUGCAGGCGUUAGGGGGCUCUAUGGGUCUCUUCCAGCUCUACUCCCCUAUGAGUCUAACUCUCUUCCUCUCCUGCCGCCCCUCUUUGUGCCCCCCAUGCCAGGAGGAGAAGGAGCACCUGGCUGAGUACCAGGGUCAGCUGGCUGGGCUGGCCAAGCGAGCCAAGGCCAUUGUCCAGCUGAAGCCACGCAGCCCCAGCACCGCCCUCAAGGGACGACUGCCUCUCCAGGCUGUCUGCGACUACAAGCAGAUGGAGGUGAGCGGGGUGGGGGUCACGUGUCCGGAAACCGGGUGGGGGCGGCAAACUGGGUCUGGGGUGCAUCUUUUGAGGCUGCUCACUUCCUCCCCCCUCCCCAGAUCACGGUGCACAAGGGCGACUCCUGCACCCUCCUCAGCAACGCCCAGCCGUACAAGUGGAAGGUGCUCAACGCGGCUGGGAGCGAGGCCACUGUGCCCUCCAUUGUCUUCCUGGUGCCCCCACCCAACAAGGAGGCCCUGGAGGCCGUCAGCAGGUGAGUCAGCCUCACCCCCCCAACCCCCUUGCUUUCCUUUCUCCUUGAGGGCGUGGGGGGCAGAUUAGAAACCGUGAUUAAAUCCUCGGAUCGUAUCAGCAGAGAGAGAUAUCGCUGAAGCUUCCACUGCCGCAAACUCAUGCGAACAUCAAAAGAGCUGGAUCAGGCCCACGGGGGGCCCUUCUAGCCCAGCCUCCUCUUCUCACAGUGGCCAACCAGAUGCCUCAGUGGGAAAGCCACAAGCAGGAUGUGGGCACAAGAGACACCCCCCCCCCACUGCAGUGGGUGCAGGAGCAGUGCUGCCUGCAGCUCUGGAGGGCAAAGCAGAGCCAUGACAGAUAGUGGCCAUCCAUAGACACCCCCCAGGGCCUCUGCCCUGCCCCCCCGGCCCCACUUGAGGAGGAGAGCUGCUGUACUGCUCCUUGGGCUCUGGGGGUGGCAUGGGGGCACUCUGCCUCUCUGCCCGCUCUUCUCUCGACCCUGGGGAACUCCCAAGCCCCAAGAUGGUUCUGCAGCCGCCUUUUCCUCUUUGCCUGCAGGUUGGAGGGCAGCCACCAGAGCCUGCUGACCUUCUGGCACCAGCUGCACAUCGACAUGCAGAGCCUCCUCUCCUGGCAGUACCUGCAGAGGGACAUCCAGCAGAUCCAGUCCUGGUCGCUGCUCAUAGUGAGGACCGGGUGCUAAGGAGCCUCUUGGGGGGUGGGUGGGUUGGGCCCGCCAGGUGGGCUCGAGGGGGGAGGGAAGGGCCCCCUCCUGACCUGGCCUCUUCCCCUCCCCCAGUUCCGGACGAUGCCCCCCGAGGAUUACCGGAAGACCUUGCGCAGCCUGGAGACCCACUACCAGGAGUUCCUGCGCAACAGCCAGGACUCCCAGAACUUCCUGCCGGAUGACCGGCUGCACGUGGAGCGCGAAUACACCCUCUGCAGCCAGAAGUAUGAGAUGCUGCUGCGUGGCCUGGAGAAAGGUGAGGCGCCCCGUGGCUCUUCCAUGGGGGGGGGGGGAGCUCCCUGGCAUCUGCAGCCAAACAAAUCUCCUGGGUCCCCAGAGACAUAGAAUCAGAUUUUUAGAGGAGGAAGAGACCCCAAGGGGUACCCUGUCCAAUCCCUGCAAUGCAGGAGUCGCAGCUAGAGACAGGCAGCCAGGCGGCCACUACUUAAAAGCCCACGAUCUUCCGAGGCCGCCUGCCUGCUUCCCAGGUUCCUGGGGGGCUGCUUCGUCUUGCUUUGAGUUCCUUCAAAGUCUACAAUUCUGUGUGCCCUCCCUCCUGCCUGAAUUGCCUCCCCAUGACAAUAAUAAUAAUAAUAAUAAUAAUAAUAAUAAUAAUAAUAAUAAUAAAUUUUAUUUAUACCCCACCCUCCCCAGCCAAGACUGGGCUCAUGGUGGCUAACACCCAAUAUAUAAAAACAAAUUAAUUGAAAUACAACUUAAAAACAAGAUUAAAAUAUUAAAAUACAGCCUCAUUUCAAUGGAAACUCAAAUCAAAAACUUUUUGGGGGAUGAAAACGUCCAGACUUCACCAAGGCUAACUUUCCAGACUGGUCCUACAUGGGCCAGAAAAAAGCCAGGGAAGUCCCCAAAGAGGAGGUGUUGCAGGCAGAGGGUGUUCUCCAACCGUCCUUCCAUCCCUGCUCAACUGGACCCCGGCCAGCCCCCUUUCCUCCCACAGGCUGGCUUUGGAGGCCUGGCCCAGGAGACCCCCCUCUCCCCUUGUGCCCCUUCCCCACACUGGAAGCUGCGUCUGCCGGCUCCUCCACUCAGCUGGACUUGGUUUGCUUGGGGCCGCAGGGGAGCAGGAGGAGUCUCUCUGCAGGAACUUCAUCUCUCAGCUGAAGGACAUCCGCCUGCAGCUGGAGGGCUGCGAGUCCCGCACCAUCCACAAGAUCCGCUCUCCGCUGGACAAGGACCCUGCCAAGGAGUGUGCCCAGCGCAUCAGUGACCAGCAGGUACUGCCCCCCCCAUGCAUCCCUUCCUACCCCUGCAGGAAAGCAGCUGCUGCCGAGUCUGACGCUGCUACUGCCAGUGCGGAUCCUGACCCCGCUUUGUGGCUUCACUGCGGUCCUCAUUCUGCUCCCUCCUCUGCCUCGCUCCUCCCUCUAGCAAAUCCACCUGGAACUGGAGGGCAUCAAGAAGAACCUGGGCAAAGUGAGCGCCAAGACAGAGGAGGUGUUGGCGCAACCAGAGCAGGCCAGCUCGGCCCCCACCCUCCACUCGGAGCUGGACAUCACCCUGCAGAAGAUGGACCAGGUGUACAGCCUCUCCAGCAUCUACCUGGAAAAGUAGGUCCUCCUCUCACCUGGGACUCUGUCUGCUCACCUGGGCAGCUGGGAGUGGCCAGGAGCUGCUUCCGCUUCCCAAGGCCUUUGGUGCCCUCUUCCCUUGGGUCUGGUGGGGGCCCUUCUCUGCACCUGCUGCCCGGACGAUGGGGCUGCUUUUGCAUCCUCCGUCUACUGUCUCCUUUCUCCCAUUGGCUCUUUCACUGGUCUUGGUCUUUGUUUGCCCAACCUGUGAAAACAUUUGGGAGCUGAACCUGUGAGGAAGGGAUAUUUGUGGGGUGGGUGGUGAGAGCCUCUUGGCUCUUCUUCCGCAGGGGAAGCAGGUUGCCUCAUCCACAUGGACCCACCUGGUCCUUGACCUUGCCGUCCCCCCGGCCCUUCUGUGGGUGCCCUCGCCAGGUGAGCGAUGGGAGGUGCCUAGGAGGUGCCUUCUCAGUAGUAACCCCCGUUGCAGCAUCUCAGCACCUGCCUGAAGGUCAUUUUGGUGCCAGGCAAAUCACUUUUUCUUGCUCCAGGCCUUUUUGCAUGGCGCUGCCGCUCUGGCUGGGUUUUGCUCUCUUGCUGUUUUGAAUUGACGUAGCGCCUCCUCCUUUUGUGCCAAACCCAUAAAAUUCUCCUAUUCAGCCAUUCAUUUGCAUCACAAAUAAAUGCAGCAUUUGAAAGCAGCCCUGUGGAGGGACAUUUUUUAAUGUUGGAUGUUUAUUCUGCUUUUAUAUUUGCUGGAAGCCGCCCAGAGUGGCUGGGGUGCAAAUAAUAAAAUUACUAUUAUUAUUAAGCGACCACCCAUGUCACAACUUUUGCACGCUGCUAUCGGGUGUCUGGAGCAAAUGGGAGGCCGCUUGGGCUCUCCUUCCCUUCCGACGCAAACCUCCAGCUCCCCUCUUCUCGCCCCACAGGCUGAAGACCAUCAACCUGGUGAUCCGCAGCACGCAAGGGGCAGAGGAGCUGGUCCGCAAGUACGAGGAGCAGCUGAAGGAUGUGCAAGCAGUGCCCUCUGACCUCAAGGCCCUGGAGGCCACCAGGACGGAGCUGAAGGUGCCUGCUUGGGCCAGGAGGGCGGGGAGAUGGGAGGGGGCCCGGCCCCAGCCGCUCCUUGAGAGGAGGCCUGACCCUGUGCAUCUUCCUCCGCAGAGGCUGCGUGGUCAGGUGGAAGGGCACCAGCCCAUCUUCAGCACCCUGGAGGCCGACCUGGGCAAGGCCAGCGAGGUGAACGAGCGGAUGGUGCAGGGCCACAGCGAGAGGGACAUUGACCUGGACCGCUACCGGGAGCGGGUGCAGCAGCUGCUGGAGCGCUGGCAGGCCAUCCUGGCCCAGAUCGACCUGCGCCAGAGGGAGCUGGACCAGCUGGGGCGCCAGCUGCGCUACUACCGCGAGAGCUACGACAGCCUCAUCCAGUGGAUCCAGGACGCCCGGCAGCGCCAGGAGAGCCUCCAGGCCAUUCCCGUCACCAGCAGCAAGGGCGUGCGGGAGCAGCUGCUGCAGGAGAAGGUGAGGCAGCCCAGCCCAGCCCAGCCCUGCCCUGCCCUGAGCCUGCAGCUCUAUCUCAUCGCUGGGGGAAGCGGAGGCUCCCCAGGCCUCUGUCAUUGCCUCCCUGGUGGUGGCCUGUCCUCUGCUGAUUUUUUGGGGGGCCCUCUUGGGUCCAUGGGGAGGCUGCCAGCGUCGCCUCAUGGGGUGGCUCAUGUAGGGGUGAGCGAAAGCUCUGAGCGACUGCUCCUGGCCUUCCCUCUGGGUGAAGCUGUCUGAAGGGCUCUUGGCGGCCCACCAGCUAAAGCACAGCCCCCCACCCCACGAAUCCCCUCGCCUGAUCUGUAAGGGCACGGGUUGGCAUGGCAGUGGUCGUUCCUCAGCCCAGAGCAUUUCAGCUGAUCACAGCUGGCUGCGUGGUCCCUUCCCUGCCCAUCCUCUCCCUGCGGGGCGACUGACAGCUGUCUUUGUCUCCCUAGAAACUCCUGGAGGAAUGUGAGCGCAACCGGGAGAAAGUGGAGGAGUGCCAACGCUUUGCCAAGCAAUACAUAGAUGCCAUCAAGGUGAGGCAGCUGGGGGGCAGAGAGGCUGGGGUCCCGUGCAAAUGGAGGAGGAGAGUUGGGGCUUCCAGGCGCUGACGCUGACGCUGCCCCUUCCCCCUUCUUACAAGGAUUAUGAGCUCCAGCUGGUGACCUACAAGGCGCAGGUGGAGCCAGUGGCCUCUCCAGCCAAGAAGCCAAAAGUUCAGUCGGCCUCAGACAGCAUCAUCCAGGAGGUGAGAGGGGCACGCUUGGGUGGGGGCUGGGGGGAGAGGGACCCUGGAGCCAUCCUGGGCAGCAGGCACAGUGGAGAUAUGCCACACAAGGCAGACUGAGUUUUCCCGCCAUAGAAUCAUAGAGUUGAAGGGGACCCCAAGGAUCCUCUAGUCCACCCCCCUGCAAUGCAGGCAUCUCAGCUAAAGUGUCCAUGACAGAUGGCCAGCCAAGCUCUGCUUAAUAACCUCCAAAGAAGGAGAGUCCACAACUUCCCAAGGGAGACCGUCCCCCUGUCAAACAGCUCUUACUGCCAGAAAGUUUCCCCUGAUGUUCAGUGGGAAUCUCCUUUCUUGUAACUUGAAGCCAUUGGCUUGGAUUCUACCCUCCAGAGCAGGAGAAAACAAGCAUGUUCCCUCUUCCAUGUGACAGCCCUUGAGAUAUUUGAUGGAUGAGUGGAAAUGGGCUUCUGACCAUGUGCUAGAUAUUUGCCUUUAGAGAGAUCUUUUUCUCACUCUGCCUUGUAUUGCUAAAAGAAUUGGCAGGAGAUCCAGAACAGACAAAAGGAAAGGCUCCUUUGCUCACUGCAUAUUUAGGACUGUGGAACUCACUGCACCAGGAUGUGCAGGGAUGGCUGCCAGUUUUGAUGGCUUUGGAAAGAGAAAGGCACAGAGGAGGAGGAGAAGCUCCUGAGUGGCAACUAAGCCACGUUCUGUCUCCAAAUGCCAGUCCCUGGGGAGCAGGAGCAGAAGAGGCCUUCUGAGGUGGCUCUCUCUGGCCGAGUCCAGUCAGGGGCCUUGGAAGGCCUGGGGGGCUGUAGUCUCGCCCCCCACCCCGCCGUGACCUUGCUGCUUUCUGGUCUCCCAGUACGUGGACCUGCGGACGCGCUACAGUGAGCUGACCACGCUGAGCAGCCAGUACAUCAAGUUCAUCACUGAGACGCUUCGGCGGCUGGAGCAGGAGGAGGUGAGUGUGCCGCCCGUGGGAGGAGGGAUGGGGGGCAGCAUGCCUUGGCUGCUUCCUUCUUCACUUGCCCCCCCCCUCGCGGUCCAUCCUGGGCCAGAGCAUCCCUCUUGCCUGACUGCCUCUUCCGCAUGACUAACGCUGGACCGCGAGGCCCCCUAACCCGCCGGGGGGGCUCCUCCGCUGGGCCUGUCCUGUCUGCCAGAGGCACUUCCCAGAUACACACUUAGUACAGCUGCACCUGCUUCUUGGGCGGGGGCUCCUUCCCGCCCGGUUCUCCUGUCCUGUCCUCUUCUGCUCUGAAAUGCUCCUCUGUAACCUUUCUAACUCUUGAUUUCUGCCCUCUGGAAGUCCAGCCACUUUGCCAGUGCUGUGUCUUGGGGGAUGUUUGUAUUGGUUGGGGAUCUAAUGGAGGGUUAAAAACCAGGAGGAUCCGGGCCUUUUCUGCAUCAGGUACUCCACUCUGCGCAUGCCGACCCCCCCCACAUGGACCCUGUUCCCUGCGCACACCUUGCUUCUCCCUCCCCCCCUCCUGCAACUCCUGUGGGCCGAACCAUUUGUGGUUCCUAGUAGGUUGAGAAGGAAGGGCAGAAAUUCAGAUGCAACUGAGAAGGAGAGUUUUUUGGAGCGGGAUGGGGGGGAGUCCUAGUCCUGCCCACCGUCUGGAGGCAGCCAGGAGAAUGGAGGGGGGUUGCCAUCACCGCUGCCCUGCUGCGAUCACCUGCCAUUCCUGCCACCGCCUGUGUUCUCCAGCCAGGAAGUGCCGGCCUCUUGGGCUGAGAAUUCGGGGCUUCUGUCUCUGUGGUGCACUCUGUGCACGCUCCGUUUCCCCCUCCCUCCCUGCCUCGUGGGGAGCGGAGCAAGGGAGCGGACCCCUGGGCUUUCCACCCGGUCAAGCGUUCUUCACUUCUCCCCUGGCCCCCCCUGCAGGUGUUCCUUGGGGCAUCUGGAGGGCAGGCCUGGGACCUGGCGAUGAAGUUGGCAGCCUUUGUGAGCCUGCAGGGGGCCGCCCGGGGGCCGUGGGGCUUUCUACCUUCUUGCCGCACCCUUCCUCGCCUCACACCCCACGUUGGGCUGGCUCCUCCUCCCCACCUUUGCUGAGCGGAUGGGUCUUCCCUGUUGCCACAGUUUGGGCUGUCGGUGGGGGGAGUCUCUGCCUGGAUGGCAUCUUGCUUCUCGCUGCCUGGUGAGCCUGGUGGAGGUGUGCCAACUGCUCUCUUCGUCCUGCAGCCAUUUUGUCUUCCGUUGUGUGUGUCUUUGCCAUCGUCUUGCGUCCGUCUCUCCAUCCAUCCAUCCAUCCAUCCAUCCAUCCAUCCGUCAUCCUUGGUUUGUGGGUCUUCCCUGCUUUCUUGCCUGUCGUACUAAGUGAGAGACGUGAGCGCCAGCUUCUCCCGACUGCCACACGUCUUCCCGCAGCCUCCUGGGAAGAGCCGCCACCACCGCCACACCAUGCCCCCCACCCCUGCCCCUCUCGCUCACCCCCUGCUCCAAUCUCUCUCUUGUGUGAUCUUUCUCUCUCUCUCCCCCCCUUCUCUCUGCUCCCUUUCCCUCCCGCAGAAAACCGCAGAGAAGCUGAAGGAGGAGGAGCGGAAGCGCCUGGCCGAGGUGGAGGCGCAGCUGGAGAAGCAGAAGCAGCUGGCGGAGGCCCAUGCGCAGGCCAAGGCGCAGGCCGAGAGGGAGGCCCAGGAGCUGCAGCGGCGAAUGCAGGAGGAGGUCAGCCGGAGGGAGCUGGUGGCCGUGGACGCCGUGCAGCAGCAGCAAACCAUCCAGCAGGAGCUAAAGCAGAUGAAGCUCAGCUCGGACGCACAGAUCCAGUCCAAGCUCAAGGUGAUCGAGGAGGCCGAGAUCAACCGCCGGAAGGUGGAGGAGGAGAUCCACAUCAUCCGCCUGCAGCUGCACGCCACCGAGAAGCAGAAGGCGGCCGCGGAGGGAGAGCUGCAGGCGCUGCGGGACAGUGCUGAGGAGGCCGAGCGCCAGAAGCGCCUGGCCCAGGAGGAGGCUGAGCGCCUGCGCAAGCAGGUCAAGGAUGAGGCCCAGAAGAAGAAGGAGGCGGAGGACGAGCUGAAGCGCAAGGUGCAGGCUGAGCAGCAGGCCGCCCGCGAGAAGCAGAAGGCCCUGGAGGACCUGCAGAAGCUGCGCCUGCAGGCGGAGGAGGCCGAGCGCAGAAUGAAGCAGGCCGAGCUGGAGAAGGAGCGGCAGGUGCACGUGGCCCAGGAGAUGGCGCAGAAGAGCGCCGAGGCAGACCUGCAGAGCCGGCGCCUCUCCUUUGCCGAGAAGACGGCGCAGCUGGAGAUGUCCCUCCAGCAGGAGCACAUCACGGUCACCCACCUGCAGGAGGAGGCCGAGAGGCUGAAGAAGCUGCAGCUGGACGCGGAGGCGUCUCGCGAGGAGGCCGAGAAGGAGGUGGAGAAGUGGCGCCAGAAGGCCAACGAGGCGCUGCGCCUGCGGCUCCAGGCGGAGGAGGUGGCCCACAAGAAGGCCCUGGCACAGGAAGAGGCUGAGAAGCAGAAGGAGGACGCGGAGCGCGAGGCCCGGAAGCGGUCGAAGGCCGAGGAGUCCGCCCUGCGCCAGAAGGAGCUGGCUGAGGAGGAGCUGGAGAAGCAGCGGAAGCUGGCUGAGGGCACCGCCCAGCAGAAGUUCCUGGCGGAGCAGGAGCUCAUCCGCUUGAAGGCCGAGAUGGAGAACGGGGAGCAGCAACGGCUGCUGCUGGAGGAGGAGCUCUUCCGCCUCAAGAACGAGGUGAACGAAGCCAUCCAGAAGCGCAAGGAGCUGGAGGAGGAGCUGGCCAAGCUGCGGGCCGAGAUGGAGCUGCUGCUGCGGAGCAAGACCAAAGCAGAAGAGGAGACCCGCUCGACCAGCGAGAAGUCCAAGCAGAUCCUGGAGGCCGAGGCCAACAAGCUGCGGGAGCUGGCGGAGGAGGCGGCCCGGCUGCGUGCCCUCUCGGAGGAGGCCAAGCGGCAGCGGCAGCUCGCGGAGGAGGAGGCCGGCCGGCAGCGGGCAGAGGCCGAGCGGAUCCUCAAGGAGAAACUGGCGGCCAUUAAUGAUGCCUCGCGGCUAAAGGCGGAGGCCGAGAUUGCCCUGAAGGAGAAGGAGGCCGAGAACGAGCGGCUGCGGCGGCUGGCGGAGGACGAGGCCUACCAGCGGAGGCUGCUGGAGGAGCAGGCCGCCCAGCACAAGCAGGACAUUGAGGAGAAGAUCACUCAGCUGAAGAAGUCCUCUGACGGUGAGCUGGAGAGGCAAAGGACCAUCGUGGACGAGACGCUCAAGCAACGGCGCAUCAUCGAGGAGGAGAUCCGCAUCCUCAAGAUCAACUUUGAGAAGGCCUCUGUGGGGAAGACGGACCUGGAGCUGGAGCUGGGCAAGAUCAAGCAGAACGCUGAGGAGAUCCAGCGCAGCAAGGAGCAGGCCGAGAAUGAGGCUGAGAGGCUGCGGCAACUGGCCCUGGAGGAGGAGAACCGCCGCCGGGAGGCUGAAGCCAAGGUCAAGCAGAUCCUGGCUGCUGAGCAGGAUGCAGCCCGUCAGCGCAAGGCAGCCCUGGAGGAGGUGGAGCGGCUGAAGGCGAAGGUGGAGGAGGCCAAGAGGCAGAAGGAGGUGGCGGAGAAGGAGUCCGAGAGGCAGAUCCAGCUGGCCCAGGAGGCUGCCCAGAAAAGGAUUGCGGCAGAAGAGAAGGCCCACUUGGCCGCCGUGCAGCAGAAGGAGCAGGAGCUGCUGCAGAGCAGGCAGCAGGAGCAGAGCAUCCUGGACAAGCUGAGGGAGGAAGCUCUGAGGGCCAAGAAGGCGGCCGAGGAAGCAGAGUUUGCGCGGGUCAAGGCGGAGCAGGACGCAGCCCUGUCCCGGCAGCUGGUGGAGGAAGCUGAGCACAUGAAGCAGCGGGCGGAGGAGGAGGCCCAAGCCAAGGCCAAGGCCCAGGAGGAUGCGGAGCAGCUCCGGAAGGAGGCUGAGCUGGAGGCGGCCAGGAGGGCCCAGGCGGAGCAGGCGGCCCUCAAGCAGAAGCAGCUGGCGGACGCCGAGAUGGAGAAGCACAAGAAGUUUGCGGAGCAGACCCUGCGGCAGAAGGCCCAGGUGGAGCAGGAGCUAACCAAGGUCAAGCUUCGGCUGGAGGAGACGGACCACCAGAAGAACAUCCUGGAGGAGGAGCAGCAGCGGCUGAAGAACGAGGUGACGGAGGCCAUGAAGCAGAAGGCGCAGGUGGAGGAGGAGCUCUUCAAGGUGAAGAUCCAGAUGGAGGAGCUGGUCAAGCUGAAGCUGCGCAUUGAGGAGGAGAACAAGAUCCUCAUCAUGAAGGACAAGGACAACACCCAGAAGUUCCUGGCGGAGGAGGCGGAGAAGAUGAAGCAGGUGGCGGAGGAGGCCGCCCGGCUGAGUGUGGAGGCGCAGGAGGCCGCGCGCAUGCGCAAGCUGGCGGAGGAGGACCUGGCGCAGCAGCGGGCGCUGGCGGAGAAGAUCCUGAAGGAGAAGAUGCAGGCGGUGCAGGAGGCCACGCGGCUGAAGGCCGAGGCGGAGAUGCUGCAGAAGCAGAAGGAGCUGGCGCAGGAGCAGGCCAAGAAGCUGCAGGAGGACAAGGAGCAGAUGCAGAUGCAGCUGGCCGAGGAGGCCGAGGGCUUCCAGAAGACCCUGGAGGCGGAGCGCCGCCGGCAGCUGGAGAUCACGGCCGACGCCGAGCGCCUGAAGGUGCAGGUGACAGAGCUGAGCCUGGCGCAGGCCAAGGCCGAGGAGGAGGCCAAGCGCUUCAAGAAGCAGGCGGAGGAGAUCAGCCGCAAGCUGCACGACACGGAGCUGGCCACGCGGGAGAAGGUGACGCUGGUGCAGACGCUGGAGAUCCAGAGGCAGAAGAGCGACCAGGAUGCCGAGGCGCUGCGGAAGGCCAUUGCGGAGCUCGAGCAGGAGAAGGAGAGGCUGAAGCGCGAGGCGGAGCGGCUGCAGCAGCAGGCCGAGGAGGUACCCCUUUCCUUGGGCCCCCGGGCCCCACCCCCAGGGCCCCCCACAGGGAGGAAGGCACAUGGAAGCUCCACCCCCUCAGCAACCCAGGGGCAGGGUGGGCUGUACCACUUCAGAGGGCAGGUGGGGGGGUCACAUUUUUGCUCAGGCUUUUGUAUGUCUGAUUAGAGGGUUGUGUGCCUUUUAUGAAAACACAGUCUAGAUAGUAGAUGAUCCUCUGUGUAAACAAUCUCUGCAUAUCAAAUGAAACUGGACUGCAAGGAUAAAAGUCCGCUCCAUCCUGUGAUAGUUUAUAUUACUUUAUUCUAUUAUUCAUUUUGCAUAGAGGAGCACUGAAUAAUGUGACCCCCCCCACCUACGUUCUGACAUGGUUUUACAGUCCACUCUGCCCCCGCCUUCUGUUGCACCUGAGACCACCUAGGAGUCAAAGGCGGGUGGGAGAGAGGAGUGGUAGCCCAAUUCUGGAUGUUGUGCAGAGAAGGGCUGGGGUUCUGCUGUUGUUCCUCAGAACAGUUGAACUCAGGCUCCUUCAUGGAGAGACCUGUCAAGAGAAAAGGCUGCCUUUGGGCAUGUCUACUUUCCUCUUGGAAACUUGCUGGGGCCAGUGGUGGCCCACCCAGCACCCCUGGACUCCAGCCCCCCCCAAUUCCUGGCCAUUGUCUGUGCUGGGGCCCAAGAGCAGCUGGAGGCCAGAUGUGCACAAGACUCGCUUAACCCAGAGAAGGCACCAUUUGCUCCAGCACGUCCUGGUCCCACUUUCCAAGGAAGGGCUACAGUGUCUUACUAAAAACAGACGUCCCUCUGUGCCCCCAGCCCUCUCCCGCUGCUUGUUUACUCACGUGGAAAUUGUGGUAACUCCCUAACUUCCUCAUGUGCUGCCUCUCAGGGUCAGCCAGGUUGACCCUUAACAUGUGCCCCCCACCUCCCAGUGCUGGCUUUGAAUGUAACCUGCUGUGUCGGCGUCCAUUGACUGUUCUUUGGGCACUGUGUGCAUAUCGUGUGUAAGGCAACUGACCUCCCUUUUGUCUCCCUCCCCCCCCAGAUGCAGAUGGCUCAGAAGGAGCAGUUGCUGCAGGAGACGCAGAUCCUCCAGCAGACUUUCCUGUCUGAGAAGGACAUCCUCUUGCAGAAGGAGAGGUUCGUGGAGGAGGAGAAGGCCAAGCUGGAGAAGCUCUUCCAGGACGAGGUCAACAAGGCUCAGGGCCUAAAGACGGAGCAGGAGCGCCAGCAGAAGCAGAUGGAGCAGGAGAAGCAGCAGCUGGCGGCCACCCUGGAGGAGGCCAAGAAGAAGCAGGCAGAGGCCGAGGAGAAUGUCCGCCGGAAGCAGGAGGAGCUCCAGCAGCUGGAAAAGCAGCGGAAGCAGCAGGAGAAGCUUCUUGCAGAGGAAAACCAGAAGCUGAGGGAGAAGCUGGAGAAGCUGCAGGAGGAGCAGCGGGUGGCCCUGGCUCAGACCAGGGAGAUCAUGAUCCAGACGGACGACCUUCCCCAGGAGGUGGUUGUCCCAUCCACGCAGGCACCUCAGUCGAAGGCUGUGCUCAACGGCCGAGACAUGGCAGAUGGCAUCUCUCGGAACGGUGAGCCAGAACUGGCUUUCGAUGGAAUCCGUCAGAAAGUGCCUGCCAAGAAGCUGCUGGAGGCUGGCAUCCUGAGCCGAAAGAACCUGGACAAGUUGACCAAGGGGAAGGUGACGGUGGAGGAGCUCUCCAAGAGGGAUGACAUCAGGAGGUACCUGCAAGGCACCAACAGCAUCGCCGGCCUGGUGGUUAAGCCGACCAACGAGAAAGUGAGCAUCUACCAGGCCAUGAAGCAGCAGCUGCUCAGCCCAGGCACAGCCCUCAUCCUGCUGGAGGCGCAGGCUGCCUCUGGCUUCAUCAUCGACCCCAUAAAGAACAAGCGGAUGUCCGUCAACGAGGCUGUGAAAGAGGGAGUUGUGGGGCCUGAACUGCACAAUAAAUUGCUGUCUGCUGAGAGAGCAGUGACCGGCUACAAAGACCCCUACACGGGGGAAAAGAUCUCCCUCUUCCAAGCCAUGACAAAAGAUCUCAUUGUGAAAGACCACGCGAUCCGGCUGCUGGAGGCUCAGAUUGCCACAGGAGGCAUCAUCGACCCCAUCAAUAGUCACCGCCUGCCCGUGGAAGUGGCCUACAAGCGAGGCUUCUUCGAUGAAGAGAUGCAGAAGAUCCUCUCUGACCCCACAGAUGACACCAAAGGCUUCUUCGACCCCAACACCCAGGAGAACCUGACUUACUUGCAGCUGAUGGAGAGAUGUGUGACCGACCCGGAGACUGGCCUCACUUUGCUGCCGCUGACAGACAAAGCAGCCAAAGGCAGAGAGCUGGUCUACACCGACCAAGAGGCAAAAGACGUCUUCAGGAAAGCCACAGUGUCCGCUCCCUUCGGCCAAUUCAAGGGGAAGACCGUGACCAUCUGGGAAAUCAUCAACUCUGAGUAUUUCACUGAGGAGCAGAGGCGGGACCUUCUGCGCCAGUACAAGACUGGAAAGAUCACCGUGGAGAAGAUAAUCCGGCUCGUCAUCACAGUGGUGGAGGAGAGCGAGAAGAAGAGCCAGCUCUGUUUCGAUGGGCUCCGGGCGCCUGUCCCAGCUGCCCAGCUGCUGGAGAGCAAAAUAAUUGACAAGGAUCUUUACAACCAGUUGCACCAGGGGAAGAAGUCCGUGAAGGAUGUCGCCAACGAUGAGGCCAUCAAGAAGUAUCUGAAAGGCUCGAGCGCCAUCGCAGGCAUCUUGGUAGAGUCAACAGGCCAGAAGUUACUGCUCAAUGAUGCCUUGAAGAAAAACCUCCUCAAGCCAGAGGUGGUCCUGAUGCUCCUGGAGGCCCAGGCUGGAAGUGGAUACAUCAUUGACCCCGUGAGGAAUGAGUAUCUCCCUGUGGACGAAGCCGUCAAAUCUGGAAUAGUUGGCCCUGAGUUGCAUGAGAAGCUGCUGUCUGCAGAGAAGGCUGUGACAGGGUACAAGGACCCUUACACGGGGCAGGUGGUCUCGCUUUUCCAAGCACUGCAGAAAGGCCUCAUUGCCAAGGAGACAGGGGUCCGUCUGCUGGACGCUCAGCUUGCCACCGGGGGCAUCAUUGACCCCGUGAACAGCCACCGCCUCCCCCUUGACGUUGCUUGCAAACGAGGCUACUUCAGCGAAGAGAUGCACAAGACGUUGUCUGCUCCAGCGGACGAUGCCAAGCUGUACUAUGACCCCAACGCCCAGGAGAAGGUCAGUUACGCUCAGCUGCAGAGGAAAUGCCACGUUGACAAGCCGACGGGCCUUCGCCUGCUCUCCCUCUCUGACCAGGCCAUCCAGCUUCAGCAGGAGGAGGUCUACUCCGAUAGCCAGGCUAAGGAAUCCUUUGGCAAGGCAGUGGUGGAAGUCCCAGCUGGCAGCUUGAAGGGCAAAACGGUCACAAUCUGGGAGCUGAUUCAUUCCGAAUAUUUCACUGAAGAGCAGAGGCGGGAGCUGAUACGGCAGUUCAAAUCCGGCAAAGUCACCAUCGAGAGGGUCAUCAAAAUAAUUGUCACCAUCAUUGAAGAGACUGAGACCAAAAAGCAAGAGAAGCUGACCUUCAGUGGCUUGCGUGCCCCUGUGCCUGCCAGCGAGCUCUGGGAGUCCAAGAUUAUCAGCAAGGCCCAGUAUGAGCAGCUGAAGGAAGGGAAGAAGACCGUGAGGGACCUCUCUGAGACUGGAGAUGUGAAGAGGUACCUCCAAGGGAGCGACUGCAUUGCUGGUGUGUAUGUGGAAGAAACCAAGGAGAAGUUGAGCAUCUAUGAGGCCAUGAAGAAGAACCUGCUCCUGCCCAGCACAGCAGUUGUCCUCCUGGAGGCCCAGGCAGCCACAGGGUUCAUGGUGGACCCAGUCAGGAACCAGAAGCUGUAUGUCAAUGAGGCGGUGAAGGCUGGCAUUGUGGGACCAGAGCUCCAUGAGAAACUGCUGUCUGCCGAGAAGGCUGUGACUGGGUACAAGGACCCUUACUCUGGGAACACCAUCUCCCUCUUUGAGGCCAUGAAGAAGGGGCUGAUCCUCAGGGAACAUGCCAUCCGCCUGCUGGAGGCUCAGGUCGCUACCGGAGGCAUCAUCGACCCCGUGCACAGCCACCGUGUCCCUGUGGAGGUGGCUUACAAGCGAGGCUACUUUGAUGAAGAGCUGAACCGAACCCUCUUGGACCCCACAGAUGACACCAAGGGCUUCUUUGACCCCAACACCAAGGAGAAUCUUACUUACCUGCAGCUGAAGGAGAGGUGUAUUGAAGACCCCGAGACCGGCCUCUAUCUGCUGCCCUUGAAGCAACCUGAGAGACCCACCGUGGUGGAGACAACCCAGGUGUACACUGAGGCCGAGACCAAGCAGGUGUUUGAGGAGACCCAGGUUGACAUUCCGGUGGGAGACAGGGCCGGCUCCUCCAUGUCCUUGUGGGAGAUCAUGAACUCGGACCUGAUCCCCGAGGAGCAACGCAAUCGGCUGAUGGAUGAGUUCCGCUCCGGCAAGGUGACGAAGGAGCGCAUGAUCAUCAUCAUCAUCGAGAUCAUUGAGAAGACAGAGAUCAUCCGGCAGCAAGACCUCACCUCCUAUGACUAUGUCCGCCGCCGCAUCACUGCUGAGGACCUCUAUGAGGCCAGGAUCAUCUCCCUGGAAAUAUACAAUGCACUGAAGCAGGGCUCCAAGACCAUCCGUGAGAUCCUGGAGAUCGAGACCAUCUGGAGAUACCUGUACGGCUCCGGCUGUGUUGCUGGAAUCUACAUUCCAUCCAGCAAACAGAAGAUCAGCAUCUACCAGGCCCUGAAGAAAGGGCUGAUCAGCCCAGAGGUGGCUCGGCCCUUGCUGGAAGCUCAGGCUGCCACUGGCUUCAUUGUGGAGCCCAUCAAAAAUGACAUGUUGACUGUUGAUGAGGCCGUCAGGAAAGGGGUUGUGGGCCCAGAAAUGCACGACCGUCUCCUGUCUGCCGAGAGAGCUGUGACCGGUUACCGCGACCCCUACAGCGAGCAGAAAAUCUCUCUUUUCCAGGCCAUGAAGAAGGAUCUCAUCCCUUCUGAAGAAGCCCUCCGGCUGCUUGAUGCCCAGUUGGCCACUGGAGGCAUAAUAGACCCACACCUGGGCUUCCACCUGCCCUUAGAAAUUGCCAUUCAGCGUGGCUACUUUAACAGGGAGACGCACGACCGGCUGUCUGAGCCCAGCGAGGUCCGCAGCUAUGUGGAUCCCUCCACCGACGAGAAGCUCAGCUAUGCACAGCUCCUCAAGCGAUGCAGGAAGGACGAGAACAAUGGCUGCCUGCUGUUGCCCCUCUGUGACACUCGGAAGCUGACCUUCAGGGGCCUGAGGAAGCAGAUCUCGGUUGAAGAGCUGGUGCGCUCCAAAGUCAUGGAUGAAGCAACUGCCCAGCGCCUCCAGGAAGGCUUGACCUCUGUGGAAGAAGUCUCCAAAAACCUGCAGAGGUUCUUGGAGGGCACCAGCUGCAUUGCUGGCGUCUACGUGGACUCCUCCAAAGAGAGGCUGUCCGUGUACCAGGCCAUGAAGAAAGGCAUCAUCCGUCCCGGCACAGCCUUUGAGCUGCUGGAAGCCCAGGCAGCUACUGGGUAUGUCAUCGACCCCAUCAAGAGCCUCAAGUUGACUGUGGAGGAGGCGGUGCGCAUGGGCAUCGUGGGUCCUGAGUUCAAGGACAAGCUGCUUUCGGCAGAGAGGGCUGUGACAGGCUACAAGGACCCCUACUCUGGCAAGAUGAUCUCCCUCUUCCAAGCCAUGAAGAAAGGCCUGAUCCUGAAAGACCACGGGAUCCGUUUGCUAGAAGCUCAGAUUGCCACAGGAGGCAUCAUUGAUCCAGAGGAGAGCCAUCGCCUGCCUGUGGAAAUGGCAUACAAGAGAGGCCUGUUUGAUGAGGAAAUGAAUGAGAUCCUCCUGGAUCCUAGCGAUGACACCAAGGGCUUCUUCGACCCAAACACUGAGGAGAACCUGACCUACCUGCAGCUGAUGGAGAGGUGCAUGACAGACCCUGAGACUGGGCUCUGCCUUCUGCCUUUGAAGGAGAAGAAGCGGGAGAGGAAGACCUCCUCCAAGUCCUCCGUCCGCAAGCGCAGGGUGGUGAUCGUUGACCCAGAGACCGGGAAGGAGAUGUCCGUGUACGAAGCCUACCGCAAAGGCCUCAUUGACCAUCAGACCUAUUUGGAGCUCUCUGAGCAGGAGUGCGAAUGGGAAGAGAUCACAAUUUCCUCCUCGGACGGGGUGGUCAAAUCCAUGAUCAUUGACCGGAGGUCAGGGAGGCAGUACGACAUUGACGACGCCAUUGCGAAGGGACUGAUUGACCAGUCUGCCCUCGACCAGUACCGCUCGGGCACUUUGUCCAUCACAGAGUUUGCAGACAUGUUGUCUGGCAACAUGAGCGGGUUCCGAUCCAGAUCUUCCUCCGUCGGCUCCUCCUCUUCCUACCCCGUAAGCCCAGCCCACGGGAGAGCUCAGCUGACCUCCUGGAGUGACCCCACAGAGGAGACCGGCCCAGUGGCUGGCAUCCUGGACACAGACACCCUGGAGAAGGUCUCCAUCACAGAGGCCAUGCACCGCAACCUGGUGGACAACAUCACUGGCCAGAGACUGCUGGAGGCUCAGGCCUGCACUGGUGGGAUCAUUGACCCGAGCUCCGGGGAGAAGUUCUCCGUCGCCGAUGCCGUUAACAAAGGCCUAGUGGACAAGAUCAUGGUGGACAGGAUCAACCUCGCCCAGAAGGCUUUCUACGGCUUUGAGGACCCCAGAACCAAGACCAAGAUGUCCGCGGCGCAAGCCCUGAAGAAGGGCUGGCUGUACUACGAGGCCGGCCAGCGGUUCCUGGAGGUGCAGUAUCUGACUGGAGGGCUGAUUGAGCCGGAGGUGACUGGCCGGGUCCCCCUGGAUGAGGCGCUGCAGAAGGGCACCAUCGAUGCCCGCACGGCCCAGAAGCUCCGGGACGUGAACACCUAUUCCAAGUACUUGACCUGCCCCAAAACCAAGCUCAAGAUCUCCUACAAGGAUGCCAUGGACAGGAGCAUGACAGAGGAGGGCUCCGGCCUGCGUCUCCUGGAAGCCUCUUCCCAGUCCAGCAAAGGCUAUUACAGCCCCUACAAUGUCAGCGGCUCCGGCUCCACCUCGGGGUCUCGAUCCGGCUCACGAACGGGAUCCCGGUCGGGCUCCAGGCGAGGGAGCUUCGACGCGACGGGCUCCGGCUUCUCCAUGUCCUUCUCUUCCGCCUCUUACAGUUCUUCCAACUACGGCCGAAGAUACACAUCAGGUCCAAGCGGCGGCAGCAGCACAGAUGUCCCCCCCAGCCUUGCUGGCAUCUCGGCCCCCCACAGCGUGAGCUGCGGAGGAGGAGAAGGCGGCAGGAGAUCUCUUGGACUGCAGGGGCAGCCGCAGCUUCCCGUGGCCUAA